AUGUUGAGGCUCCUUGUCCUUGCUGCUCUCGUCCUUUGUGGUAAGAUACAUUGACAGCUAACUGUACAUCAUCUGCUAAUCCAACUUCACUUUGCUUUACACUUCACUAACUCUCUAUUAUUUUUUUAAAUGUAGUGCUUCUUCUCACAUGUGAGAGUUUCAGUUAUUCUGCCUCACUUACACUUUGAGUAAUAACAAUUAUUAAUCACUCUUCAACCCUAAACAUUAUAUGUCUCUCUUCCUAUCUUUACCAUUGUAAUAGUUUAAAUUACCGUAUAUACUCGAGUAUAAGUCGAGUUUUUCAGCACAUUUUUUGUACUGAAAACCCCCCACUCGUCUUAUACUCGAGUCACUGUCUGUAUUAUGGCAACUUACAUUGCCAUAAUACAGACCAGGACCGCCGAGCUCAUUGCAAGCCCUGCGGUCCUGUUGGGGGUUGGCAGCGAUCUGUAACUUACCUUUCCUGCAGCUCCUGUCAGCUCCCUUCUCUCUCCUCCGGUCCGGUCAGCUCCCUUCUCCUCCACUGUAAGUCUCGUGAGAGCCGCGGGGUCAGAGCGUUGCCACAGGUUACCGUGGCAAUGCUCUGCGCGGCACUCACACCGCGAGAUUUACAGUGGAGCUGACAGGGGAGCUGACCGGACCGGAAGAGACCGGAUAAAAACACAUCUCAAGUAUUGGAAAAAAAAGCUUUUCAAAAAAGAAUGAAAAAACUAAAAAUCCAACGCAACUAAAAAUAGAUCUUUAGCAGGUGGUCUGCACAGGAUAAACUUAAAGGCACGAAAAGUCCAAUCUGGAUCCAAAUUUUAGCUGAACCAUAUUCAGAGCAUAUUCAGGCUCAUUAAGAGUCCUUACUGCAAAAUCUAGGCAAUGUUAAAAACUGAACAAUAUCUGGAUUUUACAGUCCAAAUUAAUCCAUGGAGCACAAGAUGGGUUUGCCCCAUUCAUUACAGGAUCAUUCGGACUUUAGUGAAUAACUCUGAGAUUAAAUUCAUAGAAACGUAGAAUGUGACGGCAGAUGAGAACCAUUCGACCCAUCUAGUCUGCCCAGUUUCCUAAUACUUUAAUUAGUCCCUGGCCUAAUCUUAUGCCUGUCUCACUAAUGCUUACACUCCCUGUGGUUAAACACUGUUUUAACCUCUACCAGUUCAGCUAGAAGGCUAUUCCCUGCAUCCACUACCUCUCUGUAAAGUAAUACUUCCUAAAAUUAUUUUUAAACCUUUCCCCCUCUAAUUUAAAACUAUAUCCUCUUGUUGUGAUAGUUUUUCUUCUUUUAAAUAUAGUCUUCUCCUUUACUGUUUUGAUUCCCUUUAUGUAUUUAAAUGCUUCUGUCAUAUCCCCCCUGCCUUGUCUUUUCUCCAUGCUAUACAUGUUAAGUUCCUUUAACCUUCCCUUGUAAGUUUUAUCCUGCAAUCCAUUUACCAGUUUAGUAGCCCUUCUCUGAACUCUCUCUAAAGUAUCAAUAUCCUUCUGGAGAUACGGUCUCCAGUACUGCGCACAAUACUCCAGUUGAGGUCUCACCAGUGUUCUGUACAAUGGCAUGAGCACUUCCCUCUUUCUACUGCUAAUACCUCUCCCUAUACAACCAAGCAUUCUGCUAGCAUUUCCAGCUGCUCUAUUACACAGUCUGCCUAUCUUUAAUUCAUCUGAAAUAAUUACCCCUGAAUCCCUUUCCUGAGAUGUUGAGGUUAGGACUCUAUCAAAUAUUCUGUACUCUGCCCUUGGGGUUUUACAUCCAAGAUGCAUUAUCUUGCACUUAAAAUGGUAAAUCAAGACAAGACAUUUGCACUGAGCUUAUACUUACUGUGUUUUAUUUACCCCAAAGGACAAUGUUAUGAAGAUGCUGAAGGAAGUGAGAGGGUGGUAGGAGGAUCAAAUUCUGCACAAAAUGCAUGGCCUUGGCAGGUACGUGCGGCUAACUUUUUUCUGUAGAAGGCAAUAGAAAGUAUUGCUAUCAAAACUCCAAGAGAGUGCGACUGUGGAACCCCACGAUAAAUAAAAUACACAAUUAUUUAACAAGAAAAUGUUGAUUACAUACUGUUAAUGCUUUGUUGAUGUUUAAUACAUUUGUUGUAUUGUUUCCCUUGUCCAGAUUUCCCUUCAGUAUCAGUCUGGAAGCAGCUGGUAUCACACCUGUGGAGGUUCCCUUAUCCGUGCUAACCGUGUCAUGACCGCUGCUCACUGUGUAGACAGGUAAUAGCAUUAAAAUAUAUUGUAUUGACAGUAUUAAUACAAACAUUCUCCCUUAAAUGGAUAUUCCAAGCACCAUAACCACCAAUGUUAAUUGGAUAUUUAAACCAUUGUGAAACAGGCUCUAUAACCACUGCCAAAAGUUGUUAUGGUGAUUAGAGUAUUUUCUUAAAUUUAUAAUGUGCAUCCCUAUGAGUAAAGGUGAACAUGCUUAUUUUCUUUAAUAGUACAAUAAAACGUAAAUAUUAAUCACUUGUAAAAUCUUUUUAAUGCAUACAGGAAAAACACAAUUUGCCAAUAUAUUAAUGUAUAUUUGCAUACUCAGACAUAUACUAAUAUAAUAUAUUUUUUUCAAAAAUCUUAGUCCGUUACAACUACAGAAUUUCCUUUGAUCUUUCACUGCUUUUUCUGUCAUCAAAUCAUUUCUGAUCCUUGCUAGGAAUCUGUACUCUGCUUCAUCUUGGAUGGAAUGUCCUAUGCCAAAAGCUAGUUAAACAGAUCCAGUCUAAGAGUCCAUGGCAAAGUAAAAAAACUAUGGGCUGGAUUUAUUGAGCAAAAUAAGGAUUUACUCCAUUGAAGACUAUGGGUGAAUUGUUAUUCAGUAAAAUCUGUCUUAGUACUAAAAUACCUUUUUUUCCUGAAAUUUACAGCAAACAAAAUGCAUGUGUUUUAGUCAUUAAAUAUUGUAAAACAUUUACAUUUUUAUACAAAGUUUUGUUGUAACUGGGAUGCUUCUCAUUUUAUGAUGUAUACCUUCUACCUACUGCGAGUGAUAUAUAAACCAACUAUAUUAUUUUAUUUCUAAUACGCAGAGUUUAUAACUUCCGUGUGGUUUUGGGAGAACACAACCUGAGUGUGAACGAGGGCAGAGAACAAUAUAUAUCCGUGUCAAAGAUUGUAAAACACGCCAGCUGGAACUCCAACAGUGUAGCUUCUGGGUAAGAAAUGGGGAAACCAAUGUGUGAAAUUAUGAAUUUGCCACUUCAUAAAAAUAAUAUUAUAAUGUUUAUAAUAUAACAUUAACAAAACAAUUGCAUUUGUUAAGUUAAAGUCGAUGAAAACUAUUCCCCUUUCGGUAUAUUCUUAUCUCAGGGCUCUCAGUCUUUUGAAACACUCUGGGACAGCUAUUCAUGGUAGAUCACAUUUAAGUACAUAUUCAUCCUAAAAAUAAAUUCACAUUUUUUCAAUAUUAUAUUUUUGUAACAUACAUAAUUAUGCCUUUUUGCUAUAUUUUUUAUUUAUGUAAUGUUCUCCCAAACUGUAGUAAUGUAGUAAUGUUCUCCCAAGGCUUUUUGCUGUAGACACGGUCUUUUCAGAGAAAAUGCAGUGUUUACAUUACAGCCUGAUAACUUCACUGGCCACUCCUCAGAUGGCUGUUAGAGAUCCUUCCUGGGUCAUGGCUGCCUAAAAUGCAUCCAAAUAUUCAGUGUCUCCUCCCUCUGCAUGCAGACAUGGAACUUUCCUCAUAGAGAUUCAUUGAUUCAAUUCAUCUCUAUGAGGAGAUGCUGAUUGGCCAGGGCUGUCUUUGAAUCAUACUGGCUCUGUCCCUGAUCUGCCUCUUUGUCAGUCUCAGCCAAUCCCAUGGGGAAGCACUGUGAUUGAAUCAGACCACCACUUCUGAUGAUGUCAGUAGACUGCUUGAAUACAGUAUGUUUUUGCUAUAUUUAUGGAGGCAUGAGGGGCCUAGUAGGGCUAGAUGUUGGUUUUAACACUAUAGGGUCAGGAAUACAUGUUUGUGUUCUUGACCCUGUAGAGAUCCUUUAACGUAUAUUUACGGAUUCUGUCCUUGUCUAUUGAUCUGCCUUUGAGUCCUUGUUUGUCGCAACUAGAGUAAUAUAUUAUAAUUAUUACAUGCCUUUAUAUCUAUAGGUCUUUCCUCUAGUUGUUGUCCUUUCUUAACAGGUAUGAUAUUGCAAUCCUUCACCUGGCAUCCAGCGCCACUCUGAACAGCUAUGUAAAACUGGCAACACUGCCAAGUUCUGGGACUGUCCUGGCCCACAAUUACGCUUGCACCGUUACUGGAUGGGGCAGAACCAGCAGUAAGCAUAUGAUUUAAAAAAAAUAAUAAUAAUAUUAUAUCUAUACAGUCUUGCUUCCUCCAACAGGUUAUUAGAGACAAUAUUCUGUUGAUUAAUAGAUACUACAUAUGUUCGAUUUAACAUCAUACUCUGCUUAACAUGAGCACCUGUUUUCCCCACAGCUGGUGGAUCCCUCCCAUCAAUCCUCCAGCAGGCCCCUCUGCCUGUGGUCGCUCACUCAACCUGCUCGUCAAGUUCCUACUGGGGCAGCACUGUGAAGAACACCAUGGUGUGUGCAGGUGGUAAUGGAGCUCAGGCUGGAUGCAAUGUAAGAUAUUGAGUUACAUUUUCAUAAUCUUACCAUGUUGUGCAAUUUUUCCUAGAUAGGUUUAUUACUGCAGAUUCUCAUUUCUUGAAAUUUUGAAUGCAUUGUUUGAGUUUGUUUUUGGCCAGCUACCUUUCCAAGACAAGUGUUUCGCUAUUUUGACCUGUCUUACUUAUCAUUCAACGAUUCUGAAGACCACAUUGUAAAAAACAGUGAAGGAUCUGGAGAUGGAGGAAAACUGCCUCUUGUUCUCUCUCCUCAUUUGCUUGUCCUCAUUAUCUAGGUCAAGUUUUCAGAGCAUCACUCACUUAAUUAUGUCUAAGGCCAACAGGGUACUGAUUAGUGCAGCACAUGUCUGUCUUGCAUUGAUUAAUGGCAUAAAGAUUAUGGGGUGACAAUGUAACUUGGAAUUAAAAAAAAAAAACACCUCAUCUUACACAAAGGUACACUGCUUAAUUUUUUUUUAAAGUUUGUAAAAAAUAAAAUAUUUAAUCUGUUUCAAUAAAACAUGGAGGGAGGAUUUGAAGACAACAAUUGGUACACAGAGAUGAAGUGGAGGUGAUAUGGAUAAAAGAAGAGCUUGAAGCCAGAGACAGGAUAUACAGGAUGAAUAAAAGAGAUGGAAAAAAAAUGUGUUAUUAUUAGGCAGAAGGAUUCUGGGCUCAAGUGGAGGGAUCUGAAACACAAAUCAAGAUGAAUGACUGAAUGGCUGCAUGGGUGGCUGGCUAACUGGAUUGAUUGAUUGAUUGAUUGAUUGGUGGUUGAUUGAUUAAUUGAUGGGUGGUUGGCUGGCUGGAAGGAUGGAUAGCUGUCUGGAUAGAUAGCUAGCUGGCUGACCUACAAGACAAGAGAUGGACUGGAAGGUAGAUAAGAGAAAUAGGAGUACAUUUUUCAGUGUAGUUUUGUUGGUGCUAUCCAUGUUUUUUAAUCAUGUAUUUGAUAAUAUUCCUAACCAUAGUUUUGUAGACAUAUUGGUUAUAACAUCUAUUCAAACAUUUUUAGUAACUGAUUGAAAAUGUAUGUCAUUAUUACAAGCAUACCCUUGGAUGCUUACAUUGGAUAAAGAUGGUCUAGACUACAUUUUUUUUCUGUUAUAGGGAGAUUCUGGGGGACCCCUCAACUGUGCUGUCAGUGGAGUUUACCAGGUCCAUGGUGUAACUAGUUUUGUGUCUUCUUCUGGAUGCAAUGCCUACAAGAAACCAACAGUGUUCACCAGAGUCUCUGCUUAUAUAUCCUGGAUCAAUGCUGUAAGUUUAUUUUACAAAAAAUAGAUAUGUAUGUGCUCUAGAAUGAAAAUAGUGAAAAUAGUGUUUGUUCCUUUAUCCAUUUGUAAUUUUAUCAAAUUUAUAAAUAAAUUUAGUGUUCGCCAAUAUCAACAUAUGAAAAUUAGAAUUAUUUUAUAUUUAAAUUUUGCUUGCACAAACAUAAUUUGUAUGAAUAUCCACCAAAGUGCAUCCAGCCAUUUGGUGUCUAAUGCAUGCUAUCCAUAGCUAUAUAUCAGAUCAUGGGCAAUAAAAGCAUGGUAAGUCAAUUGGGAAGAAAAAAAAGGAAAUAUAUGAGGCAAAAAGAGUUAGAGCAAAGCCCAUUACCUGCAGGCAAUGUGGCUGUUUUAUAAAAGCAUGAGAGGAAACCAACAAUGUAGUUUUCUACUCAAAUCAUAGGUGCCUGCACUAUAGAUCUGGAUCUUUGUGAAACUUUAACAUCCAACACUAGCAAAACAUACUGUGGGCUUUUGUUAACAUUAAAUGGAAAGCCAUUGUGGCUGCGCUUCUUCUUUCCUCUCGCCCCGCUCGAUCCUGUCCCAUCUCACUUUAUCGGAUCUCUCUCCCCUUGUCUUGAGCCUUCCUUAACACACAUCUUCAACUGCUCUCUCUUCUGGUGUUGUCCCUGCUGACCUUAAACAUGCCACUGUAGUAUCUAUGCUGAAAAAAACAUCUCUUGACCUGUCCUCCCCCUCUAACUAUCGUCCCAUAUCCCUACUUCCAACUCUCUCCUUGACCCUCUUCAAUUUGGCUUAUGCCCUCUCCACUCUACUGAAACUGCUCUUACCAAAGUUACUAAUGACCUAAUCGCAGCUAAAUCCAAAGGCCACUACUCCAUACUAAUUCUUCUUGACCUCUCUGCUGCUUUUCUUUGACUGUUGAUCAUGCUCUCCUUCUUCAAACUCUUCAAUCACUUGGUCUCUGUGACUCUGUCCUCUUGUGGUUUUCUUCUCCAUCUCAUUCAGUGUCUCCUUUUCUAAUGAUACCUUCUCACCUCUUCCUGUCUGAGUUGGAGUCCCCCAAGACUCUGUCCUUGGUCCCCUACUAUUUUCUCUUUAUACUGCCUCUCUUGGCAAACUUAUUACCUCUCUUGUAUUCCACUACCACCUGUAUGCUGAUGACACCCAGAUACAUCUCUCCUCCCUGGACCUCUCCCCUGCCGUCAUGCAACGUGCCACUGCUUGCCUUUCUUCCAUCUCUGACUUGAUGUCUUCCCGCUUUCUGAAACUCAAUCUCUCUAAAACUGAGCUCCUUGUCUUUCCUCCUCCUAAUACUGAUCCUCCUCGUUCGCUCUCCAUUCAAGUUAGUGGUAUCCACAUAAGUCCAUCCUUGCAAGUGCGCUGUCUUGGCGUCAUACUUGAUUCUGGCCUCACCUUUGAGCCUCACAUGCAGAAUGUUGCCAAAUCCUGUAGAUUCCAUCUUAAAAAAAUAGCCUGCAUGCGCCCCUUUCUUACGCAAGGAACUUGUCCAUGCUCUAGUAAUUUCCUGCAUGGAUUAUUGUAACCCUCUCCUAAUUGGUCUACCCAAAAAUCUUUUUGUCUGUAAGGAAUGCUACCGCCAGACUGAUUUUCCUCUUUAGUCGGUCCUCUCACACCUCCCCCCUCUUUCAGUCCUUUUAGUCCUUACAUUGGCUUCCUGUACAUUUGCAUAUGGCACACUUUGUCAGAGAAAGUGGCAUACUUGGAUUUCAAAUACAUAACAUGUCAUGGUAUACAACAUGUUUAAUUACACAGCAAUGUUGUUUCAUGAUGGAGACAAUACUUUUUAAAAGCAAUAUACAAUUCCCUCUUGUAGUGAGAGAAUAGAAACCAUAUGCAGAGGAUAAUUGAGGAGAUAGAAGGGAAGUAGAAGAUGAAGAAGAGGAAAAAAAAUGGGGGAAAGUCCCGUCUGUGCUCAACCCUGCACAUACGUAGCCCCAUCAACUCUAUCGCAUCAGCAUUCAAACCUUACCCCUCAUAUACCUCCCAAAGCUGUUAUACUUUAUUAAAAGUUGUCAUUGAAUUAUGAACUUGGGCCAUAUGUUUGGUCAUGAAAUAAUUAUCUUUACAUGUCAAAAUUAUUUGUCCUUUGUUGGGCAUCUCCAUUCCCAGCCACAUCUGCACUAGAGCUCUUUAUGCUGCCAGUGUGACUUUAUUUAAUAAUUUGGGUUCCUUGCAUAGAAGACCCUCCGUGGCUUUAGCAUAUAAGAAGGACCAGGGCUUAAUAUCUAUGUGUCAGCGAAAUACUCUCGCUAGUAGAUUCCUGAUUAUCCCCCAAUACUGCUGCAUAUUGGGGCAUGUCCUCCAUAUAUGAAUAUUUGCUCCCCCAGCACUGCCAGCACACGUCCAUCAUUGAUUUGCCCACGUGAUGCAAGUUGAUUGGUGUCGUACAAUUUCUCAUCAUGGUCUUAAAAGAUUGUUCCUGUAGUUUAACACAAAUUUAGAUUUUUUGCGGCAGCAUUCAAUAUGUCUUCCCACUUCCCCGCUUCCAGUGCUGCAAAUCAGCUUACCACUGUAUGACAUAAUGAAAUAUAUCCCUCUCACCUCCUGGGGCACCAAGAUGAGCACAGAGCACUUGGGCUUUUUGAUGCAUAUCAAGAAUAUAUUAAGAACAUAUCAAUUUUUCUUUGGUAACUAACAAUGCAUUCUUCUUCUUUCAGAAUAUCUAAACAGAAGACAUGUUACCAAGAAACACUUAUAAAGACAUCAAAAAAAGAUUGUCCUUAUACUGUUUGAAUUCUGUAUUGGCACCCAACAUGCAUUAAAGAACAACAUAUUCUUACCAGCUGUCGUAGCACUAUUGUUGUGUUUUGUUUCAUUUAAAUCCAAGGUUUAUUUAUUUUUUAAUAAAAGUUUUAAUCCAAUGCGUAAGUCAUGGUGGGCAAUGCUCAAUAUUAUUCUUUAAUUAGCCUCUUCACCACCAAGCUCUUUUCAUUUAAAAUAAUAACGUAAUAUGUAUUUGAAACAUAAUGCACACAACUAUAGGGUGCAAGAUCAUUCUUGUAAAACUUAUUUUAUGGUCCUCUGUGGUAUCCUCCCAUGAAAUCCAUUCUCGAUUAGUGUUUUAAGUAUUGUAGAUUCGCUAACAGGGAUGUUAGCAUUUGCCAGUGGCUUUUGUAAGUCUUUAGCUGACACUCUAUGUGUUUAUGUGCACGAUUUUUGUCACGAACAGUAGGUGCAGUAAAUAUACAGUUGCAAGAAAAAGUAUGUGAACCCUUUGGAAUAAUAUGGAUUUCUGCACAAAUUGGUCAUAAAAUGUGAUCUGAUCAUCAUCUAAGUCACAACAAUAGACAACCACAGUCUGCUUAAACUAAUAACACACAAAGAAUGAAAUGUUGCCAUGUUUUUAUUGAACACACCAUGUAAACAUUCACAGUGCAGGUGGAAAAAGUAUGUGAACCAUUGGAUUUAAUAACUGUUUGAACCUCCUUUAGCAGCAAUAACUUCAACCAAAUGUUUCCUGUAGCUGCAGAUCAGACGUGCACAACAGUCAGGAGUAAUUCUUGACCAUUCCUCUUUACAGAACUGUUUCAGUUCAGCAAUAUUCUUGGGAUGUCUGGUGUGAAUCGCUUUCUUGAGGUCAUGCCACAGCAUCUCAAUCGGGUUGAGGUCAGGACUCUGACUGGACCACUUCAGAAGGCGUAUUUUCUUCUGUUUAAGCCAUUCUGUUGUUGAUUUAAUUCUAUGCUUUGGGUUAUUGUCCUGUUGCAACACCCAUCUUCUGUUGAGCUUCAGCUGGUAGACAGAUGGCCUUAAGUUCUCCUGCAAAAUGUCUUGAUAAACUUGGGAAUUCAUUUUUCCUUCGAUAAUAGCAAUCCAUCCAAGCACUGACGCAGCAAAGCAGCCCCAAACCAUGAUGCCCCACCACCAUACUUCACAGUUGAGGUUUUGAUGUUGGUGUGCUGUGCCUUUUUUUCACCACACAUAGUGUUGUGUGUUUCUUCCAAACAACUCAACUUUGGUUUCAUCUGUCCACAGAAUAUUUUGCCAGUACUGCUGUGGAACAUUCAGGUGCUCUUGUGCAAACGGUAAACAUGCAUCAAUGUUUUGUUUGUACAGCAGUGGCUUCCUCUGUGGUAUCCUCCCAUGAAAUCCAUUCUUGAUUAGUGUUUUACGUAUUGUAGAUUUGCUAACAGGGAUGUUAGCAUUUGCCAGUGACUUUUGUAAGUCUUUAGCUGACACUCUAGGAUUCUUCUUCACCUCAUUGAACAGUCUGCGCUGUGCUCUUGCAGUCAUCUUUACAGGACGGCCACUCCUAGGGAGAGUAGCAGCAGUGCUGAACUUUCUCCAUUUAUAGACAAUUUGUCUUACCGUGGACUGAUGAACAGCAAGGCUUUUGGAGAUACUUUUAUAACCCUUUCCAGCUUUAUGCAAGUCAACAAUUCUUAAUCAUAGAAACAUAGAAACAUAGAAUGUGACGGCAGAUAAGAACCAGUCUGCCCAAUUUUCUAAAUACUUUCAUUAGUCCCUAGCCUUAUCUUAUGCCUAUCCCACGCAUGCUUAAACUCCUUUACUGUGUUAACCUCUACCACUUCAGCUGGAAGGCUAUUCCAUGCAUCCACUACCCUCUCAGUAAAGUAAUACUUCCUGAUAUUAUUUUUAAACCUUUGUCCCUCUAAUUUAAGACUAUGUCCUCUUGUUGUGGUAGUUUUUCUUCUUUUAAAUAUAGUCUCCUCCUUUACUGUGUUGAUUCCCUUUAUAUAUUUAAAUGUUUCUAUCAUAUCCCCCCUGUCUCGUCUUUCCUCCAAGCUAUACAUGUUAAGAUCCUUUAACCUUUCCUGGUAAGUUUUAUCCCGCAAUCCAUGAACCAGUUUAGUAGCCCUUCUCUGAACCCUCUCUAAGGUAUCAAUAUCCUUCUGAAUAUACGGUCUCCAGUACUGUGUACAAUACUCCAAGUGAGGUCUCACCAGUGUUCUGUAAAAUGGCAUGAGCACUUCCCUCUUUCUACUGCUAAUACCUCUCCCUAUACAACCAAGUAUAAUGCUAGCAUUUCCUGCUGCUCUAUUACAUUGUCUGCCUACCUUUAAGUCAUCAGAAAUAAUCACCCCUAAAUCCCUUUCCUCAUAUGUUGAGGUUAGGACUCUAUCAAAUAUUCUGUAAUCUGCCCUUGGGUUUUUACGUCCAAGAUGCAUUAUAUUGCACUUAUCCACGUUAAAUGUCAGUUGCCACAAUUCUGACCAUUUUUCUAGUUUACCUAAAUCAUUUGCCAUUUGGCUUAUCCCUCCUGGAACAUCAACCCUGUUACAUAUCUUAGUAUCAUCAGCAAAAAGACAUACCUUACCAUCAAGACCUUCUGCAAUAUCACUAAUAAAAAUAUUAAAUAGAAUACAGAUCCCUAAUCGUAGGUCUUCUGAGAGCUCUUUUGUGCGAGGCAUCAUUCACAUCACGCAAUGCUUCUUGUGAAAAGCAAACCCAGAACUGGUGUGUGUUUUUUAUAGGGCAGGGCAGCUGUAACCAACACCUCCAAUCUCAUCUCAUUGAUUGGACUCCAGUUGGCUGACAUCUCACUCCAAUUAGCUCUUGGAGAUGUCAUUAGUCUAGGGGUUCACAUACUUUUUCCACCUGCACUGUGAAUGUUUACAUGGUGUGUUCAAUAAAAACAUGGCAACAUUUCAUUCCUUGUGUGUUAUUAGUUUAACCCCUUAAGGACACAUGUCAUGAUUCCCUUUUAUUCCAGACGUUUGUUUCUUAAGGGGUUAAGCAGACUGUGAUUGUCUAUUGUUGUGACUUAGAUGAUGAUCAGAUCACAUAGUAAGAGCAAUUUGUACAGAAAUCCAUAUCAUUCCAAAUGGUUCACAUACUUUUUCUUGCAACUGUAUGUAGCUACUUGUUAAACAAAAGUGUCUAAAUAGCCCAAUAUCCACCCCUCCCACCAGAUAUUUUCUAUAAGUCAGGUGACUGUAACAGCCAUUGUAGAAUUUCCAGGACUACCUCUGCAACCAAACCAUGGUGGAAUUUGAGGUAUGCUUGGGAUCAUUGUCUUGUUGGAAGGUCCAAUGACACCCAAGCUUCAGCUUCCUCACAGUCAGCGUGAUGUUUUCUUCUAGAAUCUCAUGAUACUUCAAUGAAUUCAUCUCACCUUCCACAUGCAACAGGUUUCCAGUGCCAGAGGAUACAAAGCACCAUGCUUAACUGUUGGCAGUGUUCUUUUCUGUGUAUACUUUAUUAUUUUUCCUCCAGAUAUAGUGCUAAUGGGCCGAAAAAUUCCAGUUCUGUUUCAUCAUUCCACAACACAGAAGCCCAAAACUUCUGUGGCUUAUUUAUUAGAUUUAGAGCACAUUUGAACUGACUUUUCUUGUGCUUUUUGGUCAGUAGUGUUGUACGUCUUGGAGUUCCGGCAUGGAACACUCUGCGUUUAGUACGCUUUUUACUGUGCUCAUUGAAACCUCAGUGUCUGUUGCCACCAUAUAUUUCUGCAGGUCUUUUGCAGUCACUCAAGGAUUUUUCACAACCUGCCUUCUAAGAUAUCUGGGUGCAGCCAUUGAUAGCUUCCUUUUUCUUCCCCAUUCAGGUAGUGUAACCCCUGUUCCUUAAACUAUGAACAUGUGAACUAGUGAGCCUUUGAAAAAGCCUGUUUUAUACCACCUUGGAGAUUCCAGACCUAUCUUUGAAAUUUUAUCCUGAAAUUUUAUCCUGAAGAUACUCACAGCAACAUCCUUGGUGAGGAUUAUACCACCCAAGUCAUGUAGGAUUAAGCAAUACCUGUGUUUGCUCUCUGUUUAGGAUAUCUGAUUGCCCACCAGCGGUAAAACAAUUAAAAGCCUGGGAACAAUACUUAUCAAGAACCACAAGGAUCUACUAUCAUAUGCACAGACGGAGAUUGUUCUUCUUCAAUCUGGAGUUGACCAUAAGCUGCAGAAUAUUGUAAGUGCAUUUCUGUUCUUUUAUAUUCCACCAGGAUUUAUAAUAUACUACACUAUAUUCCGUUUUUUCUGUUCAUUUUAUAUACCACUUUGGAUUUGAGAACAAUUCUACAGGCGCUGUCUCCCCGCACCCUUCUCUGUAUACCAACUACAAUACCAGAAAGAAGAGACUCUGGUUAGAGAAGACCAAGCUGCUGUAAAUACGAAGUACAGGCACCAAAAUUCCAUCCCCUUACUAUUCCUGACACCUCUCAGUCUGUACAUUUCUUACAUGCUUAAAUUGUCUCAGUAACCUUCUGGGCUCUUCACAUAUCUUGCAAACAUUACAAUGGUGACAUCACUACUUGGUGUGCAGUGGGUCAAGAAUAUAAGAUAUAAUUGCCUAAUGUUGUGCAUGGGUGCCACCAUCUUCUUUUUUCAGCUCCUUGCACUUCAUCCACCAGGAGCCCAUGUCAGCGCUUUACUCUUGCGCAUCUGUGGGAGUACAGCAUUGAUGUCUAUGUAAGAUCCCACAAGAUCGUGAGAGACUCCAUAGAAGCUCUCUUGCGAUCAGUGAUACAAUGCCAUUUUCACACCGCCAUCACUACCAAUGGCAGGGGUAUUGACAAAACUUGGCUGUGGAUAUUUUCUGGCUUAUGUGAUUUUUUUUCAUCUUAAUAAAACUGAAUAUUUUAGGACAACUUAGUAAAAACUAUUUUUGAUUUAGAUAAUGUUUCCAAUACCAUUAUUUUGGUCUAAAAUUUGCAGCAGUUCACUGUUUAGUAAAUAGCCUUGUGUUAAUUCUUGUUCUAAAUUAGGCUGUUUUAAGUUAUUAUACUGCUCUAAUUUAGGCAUUUAAGUUAUAUGUAUAAAUACACAUGGCCAAAUUUGAUAACCUUUAAAACUUCAUCUGUUAUGAGCUUGGCUCUAACACUAACAAGGGAACAUGGUAAACGACAUAUGUUUGAUAAGGUGAAGCUUAAUACAAUUUACCUGGCAUUCAGCCUGAGCUCUGUUACCCCCAGCACCCAUCAUCAUAGACUUGACUGUGCUCCCUCAGUAAGAGCUGCUGGAGCAGGUUGAGUGAGUGACUACAGACAAAACAUUUGUCAGGUAUAGCCUGACAUGCAUUCCGCCGUAGGAACCCACUUCCGGGUUCACGGCGCUUAGCCCCGCCCCUUUUUCUGACGCGGUCCUUCCACGAUACUUAGGAAGACCGCGCCAGAUUCAAAGGGCUGGAUUAUUUGCACAGGUGCCUGCAAAGUGAUCAGCUGCUCUACCUUGAUCCUGCCUGUAUCGGACCUCGGCUUGCUAAAAUGGACUUCUACCAUCUCCACUCCUAGACCUCGGCUUGCUAAAACGGACUUCUACCUUCUCCACUCCUAGACCUCGGCUUGCUAAAACGGACUUCUACCUUCUCCACUCCUAGACCUCGGCUUGCUAAAACGGACUUCUACCUUCUCCACUCCUAGACCUCGGCUUGCUAAACGGACUUCUAACCCUCUUCUCCACCAUUGGAUGUGAUUAACCCCUUCAGUUCCAGAACUGCCUUUUAAGUUAAGUAAAUUGUUUCUCCAAUCAAGCUACUCUCUGUUACUAAUCAUAGACUGUAUCUGAAGGCUCAUUACUGUGUCAUUCUCUCAAGUUAUUCCCUCUUAUUCAUAAGGAACUGCUGCUAAGGCUAAAUUCUUCCUCCAAUAAUCAAAUUAUUCCUAAUUGCAACUCUGUACUGCUUCAUUAAUAAUCUUGCUUGUAAAUUAUUCCAUCUUAAUUAAUCUGAAAACUAACUCUGCCUAUUUUUUCUGCAUUAUUCCUAAUUGGGAAUUAAUUGGCUUGUGCAAAUCAUCAUUGACUUAUACUUUACUCACAAUUAACAUCCUACAUGAGUAUUUAAAGCUACAGUAACCACUGCUUCAUAUCAGUAUAAAAGGAGGUGAAACUAAUAGUUUCUGCAAUUAGAAAAUUCUGCAGUUGAGUUCCAACUAAAAUAAGUAUUACAACAUUCUAAUCUCUUUCAUCAGUUCUUUCAACGUAAGAAUAGUAUCAUCUGCAUAUAAGUUGAUCUUAAUAUUAUCCUCUUUAUUCUCAAAACCUCUUAUAUUUUGAUUACAAUGGAUAGAAACUGCUAAAGACUCAACUGAUAUAAGAAAUAAAAGAGGUGAGAGGGGACAUCCCUGUCUUACUCCGUUCAUAAGUUUAAACCAAUAAGAAUAAAAACCAUGCCCUACUACUCUAGCUGAGGGGCCAUAAUAAAGUAUCAUGAUUUUGUCCAUUAUCUCAUCAUGUAGGCCAAAAGCUAAUAAUGCUUCUUUCACAAAGGACCAGCUGACCCUGUCGAAGGCCUUUUUGGCAUCUAGCGACAGGGUCUGAUUUGACCUAAUCUAGAAUGUCUAGCAAUCUCCUAAUAUUGUUUACUGAGGAUCUUCCUGGUACAAAACCCACUUGGUCCAAAUGUAUCACGGAGGGUAUAAUAUUUUUAAGUCUUUCCACUAAGAUGAAUAAUGCUUGAUAUCCACAUUUAAUAAUGAGAUAGGCCAGUAGUUCAUAACAUUAUCUUGGUCUUACCCUGUUUGGGAAUAGGGAUUAUAUGGGCUUGAACUAUUUCCUCUGGAAUCUUACUAGAUUUCCCCAAAUCAUUAAAGACUUUAGUAAUAUCCUUUAUGAUGUUGUCUUUCUUCAAUAUAUAGAAUAAGUUAUUAUACCCAUCUGGGCAAAGAAUUUUAUUUUUCUUCAAUUUUACAAUGGCGAGUUAAAUUUCUUUCUGAGUAAAAGGUUGGUUUAGUUUUAUUAAUUAAGCCUGAGAAAUCUUAGGUAGAUUAAGGUUUUCAAAGUAUCUUUUAACUGCUUUGAUUGGAUCUGGAUCUGGAAGAUUAUACAGUGUUUUAUAAAAGUUUUUAAAAGUUUCUCCAAUCUCUUUGGGUGACAUCACCAAUUUAUCCCCAUAUUUAAUUUUUGUGAUAAAUCUCUUUGCUUUUUCUUUUUUUAACUUAUUGGUCAUCUAAUUACUAGUUUUAUUACCUUGAUAAUACCACUUCCUUUUAAGGAAUUCCAGUGCUAUGUUAGCAUUGGUGAUUAAUAAAUCAUUUUUUUUCAUUGCCAUUAUAUUUGUUGUGGUAGUGUUAGAUGGAUUUAAUUUAUUUUGUUUAUUUAAACCAUCCAAUUCUAUCUAUAAUUUUGUGAGGUUAUUAAAUGUAUCUCUUUUGUCUAUAGACCCUAUUUUAAUUAUGUGACCCCCUAAUCACGCAUUCGUAGGCACACCAUAUGGUUGGUGUGUCUACCUCGGUAUCUCUAUUCUCCCUAAAAUAUAGAUCUGUCAUUGUCUUUAGAAAAUCCAAAUUACUCUUUUUUUUGUAAGAAUUUGAUCAUUUAAUAUCCAUUGCUGUCUCUGUUUUAUAUAUGUGUCUUGAAUAUCUAAAACUAUUCCAUUAUGUGGAAGAAUCGCGUACCCAGGCCAGAGAUUUCUUUGAGAGAAAUGACACAGGGGACGUUUCAACUGCUACGUUGUGGUGUACUUUUAAAGCAUAUAUGAGAGGAUGUCUUAUAAAAAUGGAUGCUAAUAUAAAAAAACAGAAAGGAAGAAAGCUGAAUGAGCUUAAUAUAGUUCUGGCAAAAUUGGAACAACUCCAUAAGAUUACUUUAGAUCAUGGAGUCUUGGAGGGCAUUGAGGAGAUUAGGAAAAAAAUAUUGGUAAGAACUCAAGAGAAAAUAAACAAAGCAAUGCCAACAUUAAAACGAGGAUGGUAUUAUGGAAAUAAUAAAACAGGUAAAAAUCUUUCAAAUAAAUUAAAAAAUAAGAAUAAAUCUCAUUCUAUACAAAAUAUUAUAGUUGGAAACAAAAAACAUUUUUCACCAACUCAAAUAGCUAAAGCAUUUGAAGAAUACUAUAAAAGUCUGUACAAUUUAAAACUCAAGGAGCCUUCUAAUUGGGAAAUACAGCAGUUUUUUGAUAAAUUAAAUUUGCCAAAAAUAACCAUUGAAAAUUCGUUGAAUAGUCCUUUCUCUAUACAGGAGAUUAGUAACACCAUCAGUGCACUAAAAGAGGGCAAAGCCCCAGGCCCAGGUGGUUUCUCAUCAAUUUUUUAUAAGAAAAUAAAUGGAAUAAUUUCACCAUAUAUGUUGAGGACAUUCAAUGAAUUUGCCAAUCUUAAAGUAAUUUCAUCAGAAAUGCUUCAGGCUUCCAUAAUGCCAAUCCUAAAACCAGAUAAAGAUCCGGCAUAUACUUUAAAUUAUAGACCAAUCUCUCUCAUUAAUCUAGAUAUUAAAUUGUACUCCAGAAUAUUGGCUGACAGACUAAAAGGAAUCAUACCAGAUAUCGUGCACUUAGAUCAGAGUGGGUUUGUGGAGGGCAGGGGUAUGCCUGAUAAUAUUCGGAAAUUAAUGACUGUUUUAUAUCAUGCAAGUCAAAGCCCGUCCCCCUUUGCCUUGGUCACCCUUGAUGCCGAGAAGGCUUUUGACCAUGUUAUUUGGAAAUAUCUGGAAGAGGUUCUGAGUGCCUUUGGUAGGCAGUGUUUUUAAGGAGUGUACAAUGGCAUUAUAUAAAGAUCCCCAAGCUAGGGUCUCUGGAUUUAUGUUUCAAUCAGAAUGGUUCCCAAUUAGAAAUGGGACACGACAAGGUUGCCCCUUGGCUCCUUUGUUAUAUAUCCUUUCUAUAGAGCCUUUGGCAGCAGCCAUUAGACAGAAUGAGGAUAUCAGUAGCUUAAAGGUGAACAAUUCGGAGAAUAAAAUUACACUCUAUGCAGAUGACGUCCUCCUGUCUCUCACGGACCCUAUUAGAUCUAUUCCUACAGCAUUCUGUCUGAUUGAGGAAUAUGGUAAAAUUUCUGGUUAUAAAGUAAAUAUAAAAAAAACACAAAUUCUGAUAAAAGGUCUAACCGGGCCUAGCGAAAAAAAUGCUUAAGGAUGAUUUUAAAUGUGACUGGGAGGCUAGGAGCAUAAAAUAGCUAGGGGUGAGAUUAUUUUGGAAUUAUAGUGAAAUCGGUAAACUUAACUAUUUAGAAAUAGUUACUCAAUUUAGGAAAAUCCUUAAAUCAUGGAGGGGUAUAGAACUGUCAUGGAUGGGAAGAAUUGAAGCAGUUAACUCCUAUUUACUUCCUAAAUUGACUUUUUAUUUAGGAAUCUCCCAUUGAUGGUGGAUUCCCAGAUGAUACGCGGUCUUCAAAAACAGAUUUCAGAUUAUAUCUGGCAGGAUAGGUGUCACAGAGUUUCACUGGAAAUUCUACAGAGAGACUGCAGGGAGGGGGGAGUUUCCUUUCCGGAUGUCCAAAAAUUAUAUAUGUUUGACAUGACAGUUCAUCUAGUUAUGUGUGAUAAUUUUACAUCCUCAAGACCAACUUGGCUAGAUAUCGAAAAAGCUGAUCUUAGUAAUAUCGAGCCUAUACACUUUAUUUGGUGCGAUAGCAAGCUUGUGAAAAGCAUAAAAUCUAAUAAUCCGAUGAAUAAUACAAUGAUAUAUGUAGUAAAGCAUUUAAAGAAAAAAUAUGGUACCAAAUAUAUAUCAAGAAGUGCCCCACUAGUAUGUUUAAAAUAUUAUAUAAAAGAUAUAAAUAUUCAAGAAUGGGUAAAGGGUGGAAUUAUAAAUUUUGAGUUAUUAGAGGGAAAUUAAAUCUUACAUUUUCCAAUGCUACAGCUUAAAUUUAAUCUCCCUCCUAAAGAAUUAUUUAAUUGCUUAAGAAUAAAAUCCUUUAUCUUAAGCAAAGAACUUUCGGAAAACACCCCAACUGAUCAAUUUAUGGAAUCUCAUUAUAGAAAAAAAUUGCUUCCCAAUUUAACAGAUUUAUGAAAAAUCAAAAGCAAAUAGAUAAAGCAUCAGCAUUGAUUAAAUGGGAGCAAGAUUUUCAAUUUUCUUUUUCACUCAAUUAGUGGUUAACGGGCCUACACUUAUUGAAAAGACAUAUACAUGGAGUAAAUAUAAGGGAAGUGUACUUUAAACUUGUCUAUCGAUGGUACCAAGUGCCCACCCGUCUUCAUAAAUUUCAACCUACACUCCUUCCAGACUGUUGGAGAUGUGGUAGGGCACUAGGCUCUUUUUCUCACAUAUGGUGGGAUUGUCAUGAGCUGAAUCCCAUGAAAUUAAUACUAUAUGAGCUAGUAAGUUUUAUUCUUGGGGUACAAGCAGAUAUAACUCCCCAACUGUUUUUGUUUCAUUUAGAAAUGCCAAGGGUUAAUACAAAUUGCAAAAUCCUCUUGAUUCAUAUUUUUAUGGCAAUUAAAAUAGUUAUGGCCAGAAACUGGAGAAAUAUAGGCCCAUUAAAUUGGCACGACAUACGCUCACAAGUGGAUUUCCAGUAUAGAAUGGAAGCAGGCAUAGCAUUAGACAGAGUAUCUAAAGUGAAAUAUGACGGAAUUUGGACCCCUUGGGUUAGUUAUUUAAGAUCAAAUGAGUAAAUCCCAUACCCCAUCAAAUCCCCAAUUUCACCUUCUUUCAGUCAGGCAAGUUAGUGUUUCUUUGUAUGAGUAUGAAUGAAGUUAAUUUGUUUACCUUUUCUUUUUUUUUUUUAUGUUUAACUUUGUAAAUGUAGCAAUAUAUUAUAGUAAUUUAUUCAGAAAAUAUGUUAUAUGGUGAAUUUUAAGUGAAAAAUAAAGAUAUAUAAAACUAUUCCAUUAUGAUCCGACCAAGAAAUAGUUACUAUGAAUAUCUUUUUAAUCUUAUUGGUCAGAUUGAUAUCACUUAGUACAACAUCAAUUCUUGAAUAUAGAAGAUGAGUUUUUGAAAAAUAAGUAAAAUCAAGUUCCUUUGGUUGGAACACAUGACACAGAUCUAGCAAAGCAUGGUUUCUUAUUAAUUCACUCAGCCUUUUAGCAUUAUUUUGAGUAUUUAUGUUGGUUUUAGGAACCCCCAUAUUUUUACAAUCAUACAUUAUGUCCAUGACACAGUUAAAAUCCCCCAUCACAACAACAGAUCCUUGUUUAAACUUUUAUAUUUCUUUAAAGAUAUUCUUUAUAACUUUAAUUUGACAUUGGUUAGGUUAACGAUCGUAUAUACAGGGAGUGCAGAAUUAUUAGGCAAGUUGUAUUUUUGAGGAUUAAUUUUAUUAUUGAACAACAACCAUGUUCUCAAUGAACCCAAAAAACUCAUUAAUAUCAAAGCUGAAUAUUUUUGGAAGUAGUUUUUAGUUUGUUUUUAGUUUUAGCUAUGUUAGGGGGAUAUCUGUGUGUGCAGGUGACUAUUACUGUGCAUAAUUAUUAGGCAACUUAACAAAAAACAAAUAUAUACCCAUUUCAAUUAUUUAUUAUUACCAGUGAAACCAAUAUAACAUCUCAACAUUCACAAAUAUACAUUUCUGACAUUCAAAAACAAAACAAAAACAAAUCAGUGACCAAUAUAGCCACCUUUCUUUGCAAGGACACUCAAAAGCCUGCCAUCCAUGGAUUCUGUCAGUGUUUUGAUCUGUUCACCAUCAACAUUGAGUGCAGCAGCAACCACAGCCUCCCAGACACUGUUCAGAGAGGUGUACUGUUUUCCCUCCUUGUAAAUCUCACAUUUGAUGAUGGACCACAGGUUCUCAAUGGGGUUCAGAUCAGGUGAACAAGGAGGCCAUGUCAUUAGAUUUUCUUCUUUUAUACCCUUUCUUGCCAGCCACGCUGUGGAGUACUUGGACGCGUGUGAUGGAGCAUUGUCCUGCAUGAAAAUCAUGUUUUUCUUGAAGGAUGCAGACUUCUUCCUGUACCACUGCUUGAAGAAGGUGUCUUCCAGGAACUGGCAGUAGGACUGGGAGUUGAGCUUGACUCCAUCCUCAACCCGAAAAGGCCCCACAAGCUCAUCUUUGAUGAUACCAGCCCAAACCAGUACUCCACCUCCACCUUGCUGGCGUCUGAGUCGGACUGGAGCUCUCUGCCCUUUACCAAUCCAGCCACGGGCCCAUCCAUCUGGCCCAUCAAGACUCACUCUCAUUUCAUCAGUCCAUAAAACCUUAGAAAAAUCAGUCUUGAGAUAUUUCUUGGCCCAGUCUUGACGUUUCAGCUUGUGUGUCUUGUUCAGUGGUGGUCGUCUUUCAGCCUUUCUUACCUUGGCCAUGUCUCUGAGUAUUGCACACCUUGUGCUUUUGGGCACUCCAGUGAUGUUGCAGCUCUGAAAUAUGGCCAAACUGGUGGCAAGUGGCAUCGUGGCAGCUGCACGCUUGACUUUUCUCAGUUCAUGGGCAGUUAUUUUGCGCCUUGGUUUUUCCACACGCUUCUUGCGACCCUGUUGACUAUUUUGAAUGAAACGCUUGAUUGUUCGAUGAUCACGCUUCAGAAGCUUUGCAAUUUUAAGAAUGCUGCAUCCCUCUGCAAGAUAUCUCACUAUUUUUGACUUUUCUGAGCCUGUCAAGUCCUUCUUUUGACCCAUUUUGCCAAAGGAAAGGAAGUUGCCUAAUAAUUAUGCACACCUGAUAUAGGGUGUUGAUGUCAUUAGACCACACCCCUUCUCAUUACAGAGAUGCACAUCACCUAAUAUGCUUAAUUGGUAGUAGGCUUUCGAGCCUAUACAGCUUGGAGUAAGACAACAUGCAUAAAGAGGAUGAUGUGGUCAAAAUACUCAUUUGCCUAAUAAUUCUGCACUCCCUGUAAAACAUUAUUUAUAUCUCCGACUACAAUUAUAUAUUUUCCCUCCGGAUCAUACUUUUGAAAUAAAAUCUUUACAUCCAAUUACUUUGAGAACAAAAUAGCUACUCCUCUUUUCCUUUUUUCUUUUAACCCCUUAAGGACACAUGACAUGUAUGACAUGUCAUGAUUCCCUUUUAUUCCAGAAGUUUGGUCCUUAAGGGGUUAAAGAAGCCCCAAGAAUGAGAGGAAAAUUUCUGGAUUUUAUCCUAAAAUAAUCCUCCACCCUCCAUUGGGUCACUUGCAGUCCACAGAUUUCAACUCUUCUUUCUCAAGGUUAUAUCUUUUUCGGGGGGAAAUUAAUACCUUGCUCAUAAAGAGAUAACCUAGGGUUCUAUACAACCCUAUCACAUAGGAGUAAAAAUUCCCCUUUAUGACUGACACGCUACCCCACAUAUAUUCAACCAUAAACAAUCAAAAGAAAAAAAAUAUUGGUAGAACACAACCUCCCCACGGUGUUCAAGCUGGUAAGGAUAGAAUGGGCUAUUAAAGUCUAUAGGUGAGAGGGGCUGAGAAGUGAAGACCCAUAGUUAAAAAUAAAAAAUAAAAAAUAAAAAAAAUAAAAACAUCAAUCUAUAUACUCUGAUCUGAUCUGAUAACUUGUGCUAGGUUGAACAGCAACUUAGAACUUAAUGUGCUACAAAUACGAAUUACAUAAUUUGUGCUCUAUUCUAUAUUAUUAUUAUAUUUUUUCUUUUUCUAUUUAUCAAGUUCUUUAGUUAUAUUUUCUUUAAAGUAACCCCUUAAUACUUGAUUUAUCUCUAGUCAUUCUGUGUAUUAGUUUUCUCUGCAAAAUAUACCAAAUAUCACUUUAUAUCUUUAUUCCCAUAUCUUAUCUUAUCGUGAAUAUUAUUCGACAGAUUUGUUAGGCUAUUUAAUGCCCGCAAAAAAAUAAAUAAAAUAAAAAAAUACAUUUUUUAGAAAAGGACAUAUAUAUUGUCUGGUAUGUUCUGGUGGCAAUGCCUAGAUUGUGCUUCACCCUUAUAUAUUACAUUCUUGUUAUAUUUCUCCUAAAACUUUGUGUGAGGUAACUUCUGGGUUACAAAAUUCCUAUUUUAUUCUACAUCAAUUCCUAUAACAGUGUUCUUGUGUCUAAGUUUACCAUUCUCUUAUUUUCCCCUUCUUUUAACUUCCCUUCUUAAGCACAUUAUAGUGGUUAUGAUGAUUCUACACCCUUUUAAUUUAAUCUAUGUCUUUAGUCAAUCUAUAGUAUGCAAAGUAUAUUCCCUUGUUUUCCACUACAGUGUACAAGUAGGUGCAAAAUACUAAAGUGCACUGAAUUUUUAAAGUACAAACAAUCAAUCCAUAAGCGCAUUAUAAAUUUAAAGUGCAUAGAAUAAUAGUAUAAUAGUAUAAACUAUAUCACCAAAACACUAAAUACACUAUCUACUUGAUAAAGUGCAAUAAUCCACUAUGGAUAUUCAAUUAUAUUCAAAGUAUAAGUCAAGUUAAAAAACAAAACAAAACAAAAAAUAUCCAGUUCACUAGUUGUCUUCUUCUGUUGUUCUUGACUUAGAUUUUCUUUGUCUUCAGACCUUCUCUCCUGACUUUGAAGCUUCAAGAUUAGUGAUGUCCCGAACGGUUCGCCGGAGAAUAGUUCCCGGCGAACAUAGCGUGUUCGCAUUUGCCACGGAUGGCGAACAUAUGCGAUGUUCGGUCCGCCCCCUAUUAAUUUACUAAUACUAAGUAAAACUUACUUAGUAUUAGUAAAUUGUGCCCCUACUCGCGGUGUGGCUGCUCACUGUUAAAAAAAAAAAGGGUCCCCCCCGGUGGGGGCCCUAAAUACUAAUAGGGGGGGGACCUAUUGUCCUCCCCCCGGCCCCCACCCCUGAGCGGUGGGUGGGGGCACUAAAAAUAACAAUAAGGGGGGACCUACUGUCCCCCCCGGCCCCCACCCCUGAGCGGUGGGUGGGGGCCCUAAAAUUAACAAUAAGGGGGGACCUACGGUCCCCCCCCGGCCCCCACCCCUGAGCGGUGGGUGGGGGCCCUAAAAUUAACAAUAAGGGGGACCUACUGUCCCCCCCCCGGCCCCCACCCCUGAGUGGUGAGUGGGGCCCCUAAAAUUAACAAUAAGGGGGGACCUAUUGUCCCCUACGGCCCCCACCCCUGAGCGGUGGGUGGGGGCCCUAAAUACAAAGGGUGGGGGGGACCAUAGUCACCCCUCCCCCCAAAAAAAAUGAUCUCCCUACCUACCCCCUCACCCUAAAAAUAACGAGGGGGGGACCUUUAACUAAAAACCUGUAAAAAAAAAAUUAGAUAAAAAUAACUUACCAUUUGAUGUUUUCUUUCUUCUACAAUCUUCUUUUUUCAGCCCCAAAAAAGGCCAAAUAAAAAGCCAUAAGAACCGACGCAAUUAAAAAAAAAACAAACAAAAAAAACGAGCGCACAAAAAAAGAAUCCAUCUUCACCCAUGGAGGGCUCCGCGCAGACUGAGCUCUGCAGGGUGGGGGAAGGCUUAUAAAGCCUUGCCACGCCCUGCAAUUAGGCUAAGAACACUCUGAUUGGCUGGUUUAAGCCAAUCAGAGUGCUCUUUGUCAUUUUACACAGCGUGGGAAAAUUCAAAAGAACUUUCCCACGCUGUGUAAAAUGACAGAGCACUGUGAUUGGAUGGCUUGAAAUCCAGCCAAUCACAGUGCUCUGUGUCAUUUUACACAGUGUGGGAACAUUGAACUUUCCCACGCUGUGUAAAAUGAUACAGAGCACUGUGAUUGGAUGGAUUUCAAGCCAUCCAAUCACUGUGCUUUGUGUCAUUUUACACAGCGUGGGAAAGUUCAAUUUUCAGAUUUCUUGCACUGUGAUUGGAUGGAUUUCAAGCCAUCCAAUCACAGUGCUCUGUGUCAUUUUACACAGCGUGGGAAAGUCUCCCCCCCCCCCUUCAACCACUAUUGUGGCCAGAAAGAGUCCCUGUGGGUUUUAAAAUUCGCCUGCCUAUUGAAGUCUAUGGCGGUUCGCCUGGUUCGCGAACAUUUGCGGAAGUUCGUGUUCGCGAUUCGCGAACCGAAAAUGUUAUGUUCGCGACAUCACUAUUCAAGAUUCUUGUCUUGCAUUCAAGUUUUCAAUUUUGUUGUUUUAUCGAAGGACUCUCUUUUCCUUUCAUAGUAUAGGGUGAUUCCAGAUGGAUAUCUUCAAGCAUAUUUGAUCUUUAAUUUCCUCACUAUCCAUUUAUAUGGAUUAAAAGUUUUCCGCAGGGAUCUUGUAUUAAACCUUUAUUUGUUCAUAUGGGGAUCCUUUUAAAAAAAAUUCAAACAUUGCUUUCAUAAUUUGAUCUUUGUAUCUAACAGUGUGGCAGCAUAUCAGAACGUCUCUUGGAGUAUUGAUAUUUCGAUCUACAAAUGGAUGAACACGAUGAAAUCUUUCUAGAAAGUAAAUUUUUGUUCGGGGUUAAUCCUAAGAACGUAAAAAAUUCUGUCAAGUAUUUUUCCAAAUCAGUUUGCAUCCAUAUUCUGGAAUGCCUCUGAUCCUUAUUUAACAGUGUCUAGCUCUUUCCUCCAUUUCUGCUGAUUUUGCUUCUAUCUCUUCCAUUUCUUUUUCUAAGGAUUUAAUUCGGUCAUUCUGUGUAUUUAGUUGGAAUGUGAGAUUCUCCAUAAGCUGUUCAGAUUUCUUGAAUCUUUCUCCUAGUUAGCUUAAAUCAUUGCUCAAUUCCAUCUUGUUUCUGUUCAUUUCUUCUUUAAAUUUCAGAAACUGAGAGUAAAGAGCAGCUUUUAAAAGGUCUGUAGUAAUGUUUUGUAUUUCAGGCCAUGAUGAGUCUGCACUAUCUUUUGUGUUAUCAAUAUCUUUAGAGGAGUUAAAAUUUAAAGUGAAAUCGCCAGAGAUCCUUUUUUUUUCCUUGCAAAUCUGCUUGUGGGGAAAACAAAAUUGACAGACUUUCGUCUUAUUUAUCAUUUAGUUUUUUUUAAUUAAUAUGUUUUUUUUCCAAUUAUAGAUAUAACCAGGUAACUUCAAAUAGAUCAGAUUUAAUUAUGGCUUAUUCAGAGACCGCACUUUUUCUACCCAAUCAUACAGGCAAAGUAUUCCCCACAAGGAAAAAAAUAGAAUAAAAUAAAAUAUCACAGAAGGAAUUUUUUUUUAUCUGGUCCUCUUCUCUCUUUCCUUUCCCUCUUUUCCUUCUCCUUUUUCCUUUCUCCUUUCCUUCCACUUUCCUUCUUUCAUUCCCCUUUCCCUUUCUUUCCACCCUUUUUUUACGCCCUUUCCAUUAAGUUUCUAUUUUUAAAUUUCCACCUAAGCACUUUAAGCAGUCUUCUUUUAUGCUUCUGUUGCACUUUACUGAAAAAAUUCACUGCGUCCUGGCUUUAGGAGUUGCUUGUCACGAUAUCCCCGUUAAUAAUUGAUCGGCUCUGUGUAUUGACUACAACACCCUUCUUAGUCUGACUCCAUUCAGCUCACUCUCCGACUCUCUGGCUCCUUAAUUUAUAAGGUUGUCCUCAUUUGUACUUCAUUAAAAUAUAGUCUCACCUUCAAGAUGCACAAUGACCUCUGCAGCCACUGUACUGUUUGAGGUGUCAUAAAUAUUAUGUUAGAUGAUAAACCUGAAUUUAUCUACAGAGCAAAACAGGACCAUGACAUAGAAUACCAGCUAGGUGAUCUCAGCCAAUGAGUUCAGUCCUGCAAAGUCCAGCUUUGUCCUAUAGAGCAGUCCAGCUUUUCCUUUUGGAGACAACUGUAUGCAGAGGAGGUAGAUCUGGGCAACAAGCAAGAAAACAGUGUUUCUGUCCACCUCAUUUGCACUGUCUGUCAUGCCAAGGGUGCAUAAUUCAUUAUUGCAUAAUAGAAUAUUAAAGUAAUUUGUGUAGUGCAUAUAUGAAUUGACCACUUGGUAAGGAUCAGAUGACAGAAGGGGCAGUGGUGUACAUACCGGGGUUGCAGGGGUUCCACUGUACCCACUGUGGCCAGCCUCUUCUCCUGGGGGGCCCAGGAGCCGGCCACCUCAGGGCCCCCCGAGGCUGGCCCUGGUGUCACCCGGUGGGCAGGCUGGCGGGCGCGUGAUGGAGCAUUCUCCCCUGUACGCAGCGCGGGAGGGAGCUGAAGAGGAAGCACUCAGGGGAGAGUGCUCCCUUGCGCGCCCACCAGCCAGCCUGCCCUCCCAGCAGCACCACUGGACCCGAGGGAAUCCCCUCAGCAUUCCCAAAUGUAAGGAGGCUGGGGGGGAUUCAAUUUUUUUAAAAACGUGUGUGUUAGAGUGUGUGUGUUUUAGUGUUAGUUUUUGUGUUAGUGUGUGUGUUAGUGUUAGAGUGUGUGUGUUAGUGUGUGUGUGUGUGUGUUAGAGUGUGUGUGUUAGUGUGUGUGUGUUAGUGUUUGUGUGUUAGUGUUAGAGUGUGUGUGUGUGUUAGAGUGUGUCAGUAAGUGUGUUACUGUGUGUGUCUGUUACUGAGUGUGUUAGUUUGUGUUCGUCUGUUAGUGAAUGUGUGUUUUGUAAGUGAGUGAGUGUGUGUAUAUAAUUUUCACAAUGAGAAUCGCGGAAGCUCCUCUAGCGGCUGUCAAUGAGACAGCCAUUAGAGGCUGGAUUAACCCUCAGUGAAACAUAGCAGUUUCUCUGAAACUGCUAUGUUUUCAGCUGCAGGGUUAAAACUAGAGGGACCUGGCACCCAGACCACUUCAUUGAGCUGAUGUGAUCUGGGUGUCUGUAGUGGUCCUUUAAGUGUAUGUGUAUCUGCAUGCACUGGCAUACAUACCGCGGCCACAGCCCUGCAACCAGGUGCCCGCCGCCAUGUGUUGCGGCACCGGCCCACGCAGAGUAAGCACGCGGGGGGUCCCAUGGAACAGAUUUCGCACCGGGGCUCUAUGGGUUGUGUGUAUGCCACUGAGAAGGGGUAGUGUGAAUUGCACAGGAAUGUGAAAGGGAGCAGAUGGUUUACCAUAUGCAUUGAUCCUUUGAAUAAGCAAAAGCUCUAUAAGGUGUGAGAAGUCACACAUAAGUGGCCUGGAAGUCUAGCUCCAAUGUAAACUUGCUGACUUCAGCCAUAUGGCGUCUUCCUUUUAAUUGAUGAGUGGAUAUCUUUGAAAUGUUAAUGAUCAUUAGCUUUCAAGAAAAGAGAAAAAACAAACCUUGUGUUCCAGUAUCAUACCCAAAAAAAGAAACAUUAAUAUUUACCUACAGAAUAAUAAUUACGCCUCAUUUUUGUUAUAUUUGGAAUGUGACCAGCACAAUCUUCUAAUCAAACCCACACAUGAUUUGCAUAACUUAACCAUAGGGGAAGGGAUUGUGAUGUCCGCUAUAUUGGGUCACAAGUAAGAAGUGUGACAUAUCUAUGGAUUGGGAAAAUGGUAACAAAUUCAUAGAUGCAAUUAUUAUUUCUGUGGCAAGUACAUGAGAGAAGAUAGAACCAAAUGUUUCCAUUUGGAUUGAUGUUGGUCUGAAACAUAAGGGUGUGGUCACUUAUAGUUACUGUAGGUAUGCCUUAUCUCCACCUCUGGGCAGGGCUUGGUAAUCCACAGGGUAUAUGUCUAAUGAUUCUGAAAUGUGUCUUUGUACUUGCUUGAGGGCCCAGAAUCUAAUUCUAAAUGAGUCACCAUCAUUCUUACCAGAGACCCCCUGGGGCAGAAGUUUUAAUCUGAAAAGCUGAGUAAGUGAUUAGGACUUCUGUUAUUUUAUCCCUUUUGUUUUUAUCUGUUGUUGGUGAAAAUAAUUAGUUUAGCAUCUAUUUUUUGUAUGCACUGUGUCUAUUUUUUGCUCAUAAUAAUUAUUCUUUUAUUUACUUCUACCUUUGUCUGGUAGAGAAUCACGUUACCUGAAGAGACUAUUUAGUAUUUUGCAAUUACAUAGAUAUUGUGCUAAGUUACCUUUGGUGGGUUUUUAUUAUUAAGUUACCUGGGGGACCAAAGUACCCCAUUUUAUAAAUUAUUAUAAAGUCUUGGUGGUGGCAGCAUUAAUAAAGUAAUAUUUAUAUUAUUAUAUUUAAGUGUGGGUGGUCUUAACCCCUUAAGGACACAUUAUGGAAAUAUUCAGACAUGAUUCCAUUUUAUUUCUGAAGUUGUGUCCUUAAGGGGUUAAGGGGGAUUUUAUCAUUAUCUAGUGCAGACAAACAGUGAACUUUAACUCUUUCACCACCACAACUACGUCACACACACUCCUGAAGUAGGGUGUGUUCAUGACACUGUCAACCUUAGUCUUGCCUGAACUGAACUAAAUGGUUUGUAGCUUGCUAAAUCUUUAAUAUACAUUUAAAAAAAACAAAAAAAAAACAGAGCAUCAAAUUAAUAAAGGGUAAUACAAGUUAUAGGUGUUUUAAAUGUUUUAUCCAGUGCUGUAAUUUCAGGAAAGUUACAUACCUGCUUUAAGCCACGACCUCUCCACACAUAUCUGAUUUUCACCACACUUCAGGUGUCCACUAUGAUCUAACAAGAUCCCAAAGCCACCUACAAUUUUCUCCUAUUGCUGCAAAUCCAAAUUCAAAGUUUCUGUUCUCUUACCUAUUCUAUCAUAUAUUAAUAAUAUUAAUGAACUUUGAUCAGGGACAAUGAGAUUGCGUACUUCCUUUGCAGAGGUAUGGAUGUAUUUAAAGUAGUUAUGUGACAGGCAUUUAUUACCUCAGUUAAGAGAGAGAAAUAAGUCAAAUUAGAUAUUGAGUCUGCCAUGUGUCAAGAUUGGGUAACCCAUGAACACAGAGUACAGGGAAACAGUAACCAGGAUGAAUGAAUAAAAUGAGAGAAGGUAGGUAUACCAGACCUUAGAGUAGCCAGUUUAACGUGUGCCCUAGAUAGGCAAAAAAUACAGAGUCAGAAUAGGAAGCCAAGGUCAGGGACACUAGAGAUAUUUAAUCACAAAAUAACAAGCCGAAGUCAGGGAAUCAGAAAAGUCAAAUACAAAGCCGGGUCAGUAACAAGAAAAACAAAUAACAAUUACAUAGUAUGUACUCUCAGGCAGAAUAAACCAUGACAGGGCAAUGAUGUCCAGAAAGAGGGAAUUAUAAAUAGGACGAACAAAACUCAUAUUGGACAGCAUGAUCACCUUGCACCAAAUCACACAAAGGGGUGUGAUCUGUGAAGGGCAGAUGAUGUGUCCCAAUAAUAUGACCUGUCACUUUAAUGCCAUAAAAAACCUACACCUACAGGGUCCUGUAAUUUUCAAGGACUCCUGUAGGUGGCGCAUGGCUGCCAAAAUGACCAGGAAGCCUUGCCAGAAGACAGACCGUGCAGGGGCUUCUCUGCACGAGGAGCAACGAAACACCACACAGCGUUCACUGUGGCUGGGACCCCCUGAAAGCCGCACAUUCCACAGGGCAUACUGAGGUAUGACAGUGCCCCCUUCUUUAACUCCGCCCAAAGGACGGGAACCACCAGGCUGAUCAGGAUGGGCAGAAUGGAAACACCAAACCAAACAAGGAGCAUGGAGAUCAGAAACACUCACCCAGGAACGUUCCUCAGGAUCACUACCCCUCCAAUUGACUAGGUACUGUAAAUGACCCCUAGAAAAGUUAGAAUCAAGAACAUGUUGCCCCUUGUACUUCUCUUGCCCUUGGACUAGAGGUGGAGGAGGAAGAGAAUGAGGCACAAAGAAAUACUUAUUUCAGACAAACAAGAGCAUAAGAGACAUGAUUAAUCUUGGGAAGGACUUGAAAGGGACCGAUGAAACAAGGAGACAAUUUCAUGUAGGGACACGGAGAUGAAUAUUCCUAGUGAAAAACCAGACCCGGUCUCCAACAUGAUAAGUAGGAGCAGCCCUCCGACACUUGUCCGCAUUGCAACUUCUGGGAGGCAUAAGUCUUGGACAGGAUUUAUUUGCCCCUCUCCCAUAUAGAAGACAGAUUAGAAAGAUGCUGGUCAAGGACAGGCAUACCCACAUUAGAAAACACAGCAGGAAGGAUGGUGGGAUGAUCACCGUAAGUGACAACAAAUGAGGACUUGCGAUCAGCAUUGUUCCUAGCGAACUCGGUCCACGAGAGCAAUUCUGACCAAUUAUCCAGAUCUUGAGACACAAAGCAACGUAAGAACUGUUCCAUAGAUUGAUUGGUACGUUUGGCAGCAAGGUAAGAUUGUUAAUGGUAGGCAGAGGAGGAUGCAAGUUGAAUGUUCAGUUCCGAACAGAUGUUACGCCAAAAUCUGGACACAAACUGACUCCCUCGAUCAGACACAAUUUCAAUAGGAAUCCCAUGCAACCGAAUCUCCUCUCUAGCAAAGAUUACAGCUAAUUUUGAGGAGGUAAGCAACUUAGAAAGUGGUAUAAAAUGACCCAUCUUGGUAAAUCUAUCAACAAUGGUUAGAAUAGUAGUGUGUCCUUUGGAUGGAGGUAAAUCAACCACAAAAUCCAUAGUGAUAUGGGACCAUUGCCUGAACGGGACAGGAAGUGGGUGAAGGAGACCAUUGGGUAAUUGAUAAGCUACUUUGUUUUAGGAACAUAUCGUACACGCUACAAUGUAGUCAUUUAUGUCACGUCUUGCAGAAGGCCACCAGAAGUGCCACAAAAUAGCAGAGGUGUUUUUUUUUAACAAAUAGAUGACCAGCCAUUUUAGUGUCAUGGAAAAGAUGCAACAAUUCCUUUUGAUGAGCAGUAGAAACAAAGAGCCUACCCAAUGGCGUAUUAGGAUGGGCACUGAUUUGAUCAGCUUGGAUAGACUCUAAUAAUGUGGAAGAAAGAGUUGUGAAAGUAGCAGCAAUGAUAUUAUCAACGGGAACAAUAGAAGAGACCCUGGAACCUGAAUUAUCAAUCUCAUCAUACAUGCGAGAUAGAGCGUCUGCCUUGGCAUUACGCGAACCUGACCUGUAAGUAAUAAGGUAAUUAAACCUGGACAGAAACAAAGACCAUCUAUCUUGUCUGGGAUUCAGUCUUCCAGCAUCUCCAAUAUUGGAGAGCUUCUUAUGAUCGAUGAGAAUCAUAACUGGAGUUUGAGGCCCUUCCAAGAGAUGUCUCCAUUCUUUGAGGGCUGGUAUAAUAGCUAGCAACUCCCUAUUACGUAUGUCAUAACUUUUUGCAGCUGAAGAUAACUUUCUCGAGAAAGAAACACAUGGAUGAAGGGGUUUCUCUGGGCUUUCUCUUUUGAACAGGAUAGCACCUACAUCUAAUUCAGAUGCAUCCACCUCCAUGACGAAGUGACAAUCAGGAUCAAGAUGCAUCAGAACAGGAGCAGUAGAGAAGGACUGUUUCAGGACCUCAAAUGCCCUUAUGGCUUCUUGUGACCACACCUUGGAGGAUCCAUUUUUAGUUAAAGCAGUGAUAGGUGCUAUGAUAGAAGAAAAAAUAUAUAUGUACCUUCUAUAAUAAUUGCAAAACCAAUGAAUCUUUGGAUGGCUUUGAGGCCAUGAGGUAAGGGCCAUUCAAGAACUGCUGAAACUUUCUUAGAAUCCAUUUGUCAACCUUUUGAUGUAAUGAUGUAACCCAGAAACUGAACCUUUUCCUGGUCAAACAUACACUUCUCAAGUUUACAAAAUAAACCAUUGUCAAGGAGUUGCGAACCUUGCAAACAUUUAUAGGAUGUGUCUUUAUAUAAGGUGAAUGUAUGAGUAUAUCAUCCAGGUACACAAGUACAAAACUGUUUUAAAAGUAUCUGAGUACAUCAUUAAUACGGUCUUGGAAGAUGGCAGGGGCAUUGCGCCGAAAGGCCAGUGCUUUGUCUGUCAAUAAAUUCACGAUAAAGGCUAUCUUAGCCCUAUCUGUAGCAAAUAUCCUGGGUGAGAGCUCAAAAUGAGCUCCAACCUGAUUUAGAAAACCCCGGUAAUUUGCUGGAUCUCCUCUGUAUAUAGGGGGAGGAGUGAGGUGAAAGCAAGGACUAGGCCCAGCUGCCUGUGCAGAAUCAGGAGGAGUCUGGCUACUACUAAUAGACUGGCUGUGAUUCCUGUUGGAGACAUGCAGUCCUAGCCAGUAUCGUCUGUAGAGCUUGAGCAAACUGGUCCAUCCUGUGUUCCAUUUGUUCCAAACAGCUUUGUUAUUGGUCAGCUGUUGCCGUAAGCCUGUAGGGUCCAUGGCCCUGUCGUAAUGUCAAGAUUGGGUAACCCCCACACACAGAGUAUAGGAAAACAGUAACCAGAAUGAAUGAAAAAAAGAGAGAAGGUAUGUAUUCUAGAUUUUAGAAUGGCUGUGUUAACGUCUGCCCUAGAUAGGCGAUAUAUACAGAGUCAAAAUAGGAAGCCAAGGUCAAGGACAUCAGAGAUACUCAAAUACCAAAUGACAAACCAAAGUCAGGGUACCAGUAAAUCAGAAAAGUCAAAUAAAAAGCCAGGUCAGUAACAAGAAAAACAAAUAACAACUACACAGUAAGCACUCUCGGGCAGAAUAAAUUACGACAGGGCAAUGAUGUCCAGAAAGAAGGAAGUAUAAAUAGGGAGAACAAAAAUCUUAUUGGACAGCAUCAUCACUCUGCACCAAAUCAAACAAAGGGGUGUGAUCUGUGAAGGGCAGAUGAUGUGUCCAAAUAAUAUGACCUGUCACGUUAAUGCAAUUAAAAGCCUACACCUACACGGUCCUGUAAUUUCCAAGGACUCCUGUAGGUGGCGCAAUGCUGCCAAAAUGAUCAGGAAGCCUUGCCAGAAGACAGAUUGUGCAGAGGCUCUGCACAUGGAGCAAUGAAACACCGCACGGUGUUCACUGUGGCUGGGACCCCCUGAAAGCCGCACAUCUCACACAGCAUACUGAGGUAUGACAGUGCCCCCUUCUUUAACUCCGCCCAAAGGACGGGAACCACCAGGCUGAUCAGGAUGGGCAGAAUGGAAACACCAAACCAAACAAGGAGCAUGGAGAUCAGAAACACUCACCCAGGAACGUUCCUCAGGAUCACUACCCCUCCAAUUGACUAGGUACUGUAAAUGACCCCUAGAAAAGUUAGAAUCAAGAACAUGUUGCACCUUGUACUCCUCUUGCCCUUGGACAGCAUGGGACCAGAGACUUCCUGGCUGCUGCGCGGCACCCCCUGGAAGCCGUAUGCGUCACGCGGCAUACCAAGGUAUGAAACCAUGGCCACACAUUUUGCACAGUAUUUGUUCCUCCUACCACAUGCUCAUUCCCCUUGGCAUUUUAAUAACAUUGUUCUUUUGUGAGAGUGGAAUAUGUUAGUGUUUUACAUUUACUUUGUGUUUUAAUGACAAUAUAUAUUAGUUUUACCAAGGUAAAAAUAACCAAAUCAUUUCAACAUUCUUGUGAUACAGAAAAAGUUUGAUUUGAUAAUGCGAAGACAUGAUACAGUUUUUAAUUGCAUAAUUAUAUUGUGUAACUUAGGGUUUGACACUUUGACUGUAGUAUUAUUUGUCUACAAAUAUUGCUAAUUACAUUUAUUAAACUUAGUUAAAGCUAAUGUACUGACAAUUUUAUAUCAAGACAUAUUUUUAAUUUGAACCUUUAUAUUGUCAUAAUGAUAAAUUCUAGAAAUAUUGUUUUUUGUGUUUCAGUGGAUGCUCACAGUGCCAUGUUUUGUAUCCAAUAUAGGCCCCAAUGUAAUAUUGUUGAGAUUCUUUCACUGACACAGUGGCUGUGAUACACACACUGCUAUCUAUCUUUUUAGCAUAACCUUUAUAUUCUCCAGUUGGUGUCCAAGCAUUUUAAAUAUUUUUAUUAUAUGGAUGAUGUGACAAACUCCUCUUUUCCUGUGAGUUUGCCACGAGUUUUUGGAGGGGCUUGUUUGCCAGUCUCCUGCCCCAGGACUAUGACCCAUGUAUUAGACCCGGCUUCAGCACUGUGGACAGGCUUUGUUAAUGCCUUUCCUCUCUGCGGUUCGGUAUAUGGGGCUACCAAAUGGAUUCUACUUAUGGUGUUCAUUUACCGAACAAACAAUCGAACAGUCGGACCACACACAAGUGUAGUGUGCAGCCCAGGCUGAGAGUUAACCACAGCCAAUGUGACGAACAGCUAGGUGGUCGCCAUUCGUAUAGUCGAACACAUGUUCAGCUUUGUUUUGCCAUAGAGUUCAUGGAACUAAAAUCGGACACUUGUCGGCACGAACACCGCUGGGACUUCCCCCUCCAUCUAUGUUCGUAUAAAUAUGCACGAACAGAGCGCCGUUCGGUAGAAAUAAUCUACCGAACACACUUCAACCCUGACUUUGUGCACAAACGGUCCCGUUUCGAAUAUUUGAAGCGCACUUUUAUCACUGGAAAAGCCUAAUUCUCUGGAACUAUUUUGGGCAUGAAGCCAUGCUUCCGGCUGGUCAAAAAGAGACUUUCAUGAAACUUUUGAACCCCUGCUCUGAUCUGGGUGAUUUUUGGAUAUGUUGUUCACACAGAUCGGGGCUAUCUGGGGAUCCCAACCAAGCUGCGGCGGUUCGUGGGGUUUGCAGUGGUUAUGAUGCUCCAGCACAGUGCUUAUGGUACUUGUCAGUACUAGGAAGCAGCGAUUGACUAAGGUACCCAGUCGGGGUGCAGUCGGUCUGUCACAGAUGGUAACUAUUUUGGAUAUUGAGCUUGAAUACUUUGACCCCAUGGGCUUUAAUUGAACUGACCACCUUCUUCUAAUAUACAUGAAAUAUACAUAAUUAGCUAGUUGACUAACCUUAGUUGAUAUUUACAUGCGGAUCACAACCUAUUUUUUCCUAACUCACUCUAGUUACCUUUUUUAUUUUACAUAUUUAAGUAUGUCCUAAUUUUCAAUAUUUUUAGUUUAACAUUAUUUUAUUUCAGAAUCUUGUUGAAUGUUAUUCAUUUUUUGGACAGUAAGAAUAACUCUAAAAUGCUGAGAGGUUGUUGCUUGUUUGUAAAACAUUGGUAUGGUUGUAUUGUUUUUUGUCACUGUCAGACAUACGUUUUUCUAACCUUUUACAUCCAUUUCUCAGUGUUAUUUUGAAAGGAACAUUCUGAUCACCAAUACAAAUAAAGUGUAUUGCAUAUGUGUGGCCUUAUAUUCAUGCUAUGGUUUUUGUACCUGUUCAAAUUUAUGUAGAUUCGCUAAAAAAGCUAUGCUACUGCAUUCUGCAAAACAAUCCUGCACCUUAGCCAUGCAUCCCUUUUUCAUAAAACAUCUUUCUGUUUUUAAGAUAUACAGUGUAGAUGAGCAAAUGAAAGAUCAGUGUGAGUUGAACUACUGACUUGACUGUUGACUUAUAUAUAGUACAGUUGUAAUCAAAAUUAUUCAACUUCCAUUGAAAGAUAGGUUUAUUGUCAACAUUUACAGACUUUCAUCUGGUUGCAAUGAACAAAUGAAACAAAAGUAAUUGAAAAUCCUAACACAAUGAAUUCUUCAAGUGGUUGCAAAUGCAACACCAUAAAUAUAAUCCCUCACAACUAGUGAUGUCCCGAACUGUUCGCUGAACGGUUCGCGGACGGUUCGCCACGAACGGUUCGCCACGGACUCAUCAUUGAGUAAACUUUGACCCUGUACCUCACAGUCAGCAGACACAUUCCAGCCAAUCAGCAGCAGACCCUCCCUCCCAGACCCUUCCACCUCCUGGACAGUAUCCAUUGUGAAGCUGCAUUCUUAGUGAGCUGUCCAGGAGGUGGGAGAGUCUGGGAGGGAGGGUCUGCUGCUGAUUGGCUGGAAUGUGUCUGCUGACUGUGAGGUACAGGGUCAAAGUUUACUCAAUGAUGAGUCCGCGGCGAACCGUUCGUGGCGAACCAUUCGCGAACCGUUCGGUGAACAGUUCGGGACAUCACUACUCACAACAGCACACAUAUGCAAAACAGAUGUUGUCUCAGGCAUACCCGAUGAAACUAGUCACGGGCUUCACCAAGUGUUUGAGCUGGAACACUUGACAAACCUGAAAUGGCUAGGGAUUUGUUGAGUGUCAGGUUUGACUACAUGUUAAAAACAGGGCUCAAUCAAGAAAUUGGUCCAUGACGUUAAGAGAAAAGAUCACCUUCAGAAAUUAGGAACAGGAUCCAAAAAGAUAGUGAAGACACUGAGUGGACUGCAAGUACAAAGUGGAAGGAACUGUGAUUAAACUACCUGGAAAGGGCAGAAAAAGGAAAAUAUCAAUGGAUGCAUUCAGGUUUCUGAGAAGGCAGGUGGUGAAAAACCCUUGAGUGACUGCAAAAGACCUGCAGCAAGAAUUGGUGGCAACAGGCACUGAGGCCUCAAUAAGCACAGUAAGUGCAUACUAAACGCAGAUGGUUUGCAUUCCAGAACUGCAAAAUGUACACCAGUACUGACCCAACAGCACAAGAAAAGUUGUCUCCAAAUUGCUCAGAAUCAUAUAAAUAAGUCACAGAUAUUUUGGGAUUCAGUUCUGUGGAGCAAUGCAAUAAAACUGAAACUGUGUGGCCCAACGGAUCAGUAGUAUGUCUGGAAGAAGAAGAAUGAAAUAUACUCUGAAAAGAACACUCUGCCUACAGUUAAGCAUAGUGGUGGUUUGGUGAUGCACUGGGUCUGCUUUGCAUCCUCUGGCACUGGAAACCUGCAGAGUGUGGAAGGCAAGAUAGAUUUAUUGAAGUAUCAGGAAAUCCUAGACGAAAACAUCAUGCCUUCUGUGAGGAAUCUGAUGCUUUUACGUCAUUGGACCUUCCAACAAGACAAUUAUCACAAGCAUACCUUAAAUUCCACCAAGGAUUGGUUGCAGAAGAAGUCCUGGAAAAUUCUACAGUGGCCAUCACAGUAACCUGACUUGAACCCCAUAGAAAAUCUCUGGUGGGAUUUGAAGAAGGUGCUUGCAGCAUGCAAACCCAAAAAAUAUUACUGAAUUGGAGGCCGUUGCUCAUAAGCAAUGGGCUAAGAUUCCUCAGGAAUGCUGCCAUAAGCUGGUGUCUAGCUAUGCAUCUCGUUUGCAGCAGGUCAUAAUAGCAAAAAGGUGCUCUACUAAGUAUAGAUGCUUGGCAUGAAGGGGUUGAAUAAUUUUAAUACUGGUCAAGUCAUUAUAAGUUGUAUUUUCAGUUGAAUUUGGGGACACCACUUGAAGCAUUUGUUGUGUUGAGCUAUUUUCAAUUGCUUUCAUGUGAUUUGUUUAUUGCAAACACCUGAAACUCUGUAAAUUUUGAUAAUAAACCUGAUUUUCAAUGGGAGUUGAAUAAUUUUUCGUUAUAACUGUAGAUAGUCCUUAGACAUAGUGUUUUUAGUUUCGUACAUAAGAUCAGUCGUGUAUACAUGAGUUAGAGACACAACAAACGCUAGCUUACUUCUCAUGUUUACAUCCAAGUAUGUUGAUCUGAGUUCACUUUCUAGCAUACGAGUACCCUGUAACUUUUCAGAUUUUAAUAUAGAAAUACGGGGAAGAGGUUUAGGGUACAGAAAAGAAAAGAAAAGAGGAAAGGAGGGUGGGGAGGGGGGGUUGAGUUCACACAGCAACAGGUCUUGUCAACAUUACACAUUUUGUUCCACAUAGCUUUGAGUGUUUUUGAUUUGUCAGUUUAUUGGUUUAACCUCUCCUCAGUAACCUUGCCCCAUUGGGGCUAUCAUCCUCCUGGAGUCUUUGGCCAUUUGUUAAUAUGAACUAAUAACAUCCAGUUUUUGGUUAAUGACCGAUAUUGAGGGGAUUCUCUUGUUUUUCCAGUGGAACGCUAUAUUGUUUUUUGCUAGCGUAAGUAUGUUUAUGAUCACUUUUCCGUGGGAGUGUCCUUCUAAGUCGGGUAAUAGAUGUAGGAGAUAUUGCUCUGGCCUGGCCGUGGUAGGUGAACUUGUGCCGUGGUUGAGAUUAGUGCCUUCACUUGUUCCCAGUAGGAACUCAAGUCAGGGCAUUCCCAAAAUCUGUGCAACAUUAUUCCAGCCUCCUUUUCACACCUCCAGCAGAGCUCAGAUGUUCCCUUAUACAUGCGAGAACAAAUACAUUUAUAAUGGAUGUGUUUGCAAAUUGCAGCAAAAUAUUUUAACAUUUUCAUAACCAUCAAAACAAUGAAAUUGAAAAAAACAAUGCAAAGUCAUAGCUCAACAUGUUAAUACUUUAGUAAUGGAUUCCUUAAAGAAACAUAUCUAGCACCACAGCCACUGCAGAACAGUGAAGUGUUUAUGGUGCCAGGAGUGCCCUGGGGACGAUCUGAUCUAAAUAAUCAAGCAAUAUUAGACUUUGACGUCUUUCCUGGUGUUAGCUUGGUGCCUCUCCCGACCUCCUUUCCUCUAAACCAAUGCAGACAGCUGUCCUCAGGAGACCCCAGGACUAAAUAGAAUGGAGGUUGCCAGGGGGACCCCUGGCUCUAUAAAUGCUACAGUCAUGUUCCUAGUGGUUAUGGUGCUUGGAGUGUUCCUUUAAUGUGCCAUCAGUGUUCACUUUCUGAAAAAUUUUAAAAUAGGAAAAGUUCAGUGCAAGUAUACAGUGUCCUUGAUGAAACUUAAUAGUAUUGGUAAUUGUUUUACAGAGACUAUCAAGAACCUAAUGGUUCUGCUUGCAACAUCUGCAAAUAUUCCCAUUGCUGAUUACGUCUCAUGGUAUAUAUAAAGUGAUCACAGAGGACCAGUCUACCAGAACAUUUACCAGCUACUGACUGAAGAUGUUGAGGCUCCUUGUCCUUGCUGCUCUCGUCCUUUGUGGUAAGAUACAUUGACAGCUAACUGCACAUCAUCUGCUAAUCCAACUUCACUUUGCUUUACACUUCACUAACUCUCUAUUAUUUUUUAAAUGUAGUGCUUGUUCUCACAUGUAAGAGUUUCAGUUAUACUGUCUCACUUACACUGUGAGUAAUAACAAUUAUUAUUUAUAUUUUUAACAGUUCUUCAACCCUAAACAUUACAUGUCUCUCUUCCUAUCGUCACAUUAUAAUAGUUUACAUUACAUGCAUUUUAUGGGUUUCCUCUGUUAUCAACGUUCCCUUACUCACUGAUCUUGAAACUUUUUUUAUUAUUAAAUUAAGGACAUUAGGAUGUCCUUCCUAUUUUUUUUAUUGGAAUAGCCCACACCUACUGAAACAGGAGUUAUUCCCCCAUUAUUUAAUUUAAAGUCUCUAAUCUGAUUAGUUUCUGUGUUUAGUAGAUAUAAUUCGAUAGGUGGGGACAUAAGAAAGGUCUAAAACCUCAAUUAUAAUAAUAUUGGGGUCAUAUUGACCUCUACAAGCUUUUUAAAAUUCUUUCAAUGUGGUGGUGUUGGAACAUACACCUGUCCUGUCCUUGGUGAACACCAGAAUUAUCUGCCAUGGCCUUAUAGUUCUACCGAGCCGAGUACUUGUGGAACACUCAAUGAUUAGACCAUUGGGUCAAUGCAAAAAAUGUUUACUGUUUAUUAGAUAGGACAAAUGUUUUAAGAAAUUCUACUAAGGGGCAGUCUAGGGGUUUCUCAUUAAUUACCAAUCAAACAGUGACAAUUAUUAAUUAACAGCAUGUAAAGCUUGUGCAAACAUCAUGGUACAAGCAUACAACACAUCAUUGAUAAAAAAACUUAUCUAGGGGUAUUAGAAUAGGAGGGUAUAGGGUAGGUUUUUUUAGAACAGGAAAAAACAAAGGUGUUCGUGUGUCAAGACUAUGUAUGUGACGUUGUGGAAACAAUACCAAGAAAUGGCACUAGGGCCAUCCAGAGAACUAUAAGGCAGAUUUAUACAUGAAUCCUUUCAGUGCUGGAAUGUUAGCCAGUUUCACAUUAAAGUGGCACUGUAGUCAUCAAAACUUUAGCUUAAAGGACCACUCUAGGCACCCAGACCACUUCAGCUUAAUGAAGUGGUCUGGGUGCCAGGUCCUUCUAGGCUUAACCCAUUUUUUCAUAAUUAUAGCAGUUUCAGAGAAACUGCUAUAAUUAUGAAUGGGUUAAGCCUUCCCCCUAAUCCUCUAGUGGCUGUCUCAUUGACAGCCACUAGAGGCGCUUGCGUGCUUCUCACUGUGAUUUUCACAGUGAGAGCACGCAAGCGUCCAUAGGAAAGCAUUGUAAAUGCUUUCCUAUGCACGGGCUGAAUGCGCGCGCAGCUCUUGCCGCGCGUGCGCAUUCAGCCGGCGGGGCGUAACGGAGGCGGAGAGGAGGAGGAGAGCUCUCCGCCCAGCGCUGGAAAAAGGUAAGUUAUUACCCCUUUCCCCUUUCCAGAGCCGGGCGGGAGGGGGACCCUGAGGGUGGGGGCACCCUCAGGGCACUAUAGUGCCAGGAAAACGAGUAUGUUUUCCUGGCACUAUAGUGGUCCUUUAAUGAAGCGGUUUUAGUGUAUAGAUCAUGCCUCUGAAGUUUUACUGCUCAAUUCACUGCCAUUUAGGAGUGGCACCACCCUUGACUGUGACUGACAGCCUACAUGAAAACAGAAUGGCUUCAUUUUCAAUCAGAUGGAACUUACUUUAAAAGUUUUUACUCCUGCUCUAUAAAUUGAACUUUAAUUAUACAGAGAUGGCUCCUGUAAGGUGUAGCAAGCUAAGAGAUCGGGAGAUAAGAAAUUCUAAAUUAAACAGAAUUUGCAAAAAAGGAAGUGUGAAUAUUAGAGGACUCAUUAUAGGAAGUAUUUACAAAGGCUGUGUAAGUCACAUGCAGGGAGGUGAGACUAGGGCUGCAUAAACAAAGUGAUUUAACUCCUAAAUGGCAGUGAAUUGAGCAGUGAAAUUAGUAAAUAUGUACAUGAGAAUAAUGAUAAUUAUUACACAAAAUGCAAAAUGUAUAAUAUUUUCAUUCCCAGUUUACAUAAUAAUCUGGUCAAAAGUUGCAGACAAACUUGAGUCUUGCUUUCUCUGUCUGUCUUGGGCUUCAGUCAAACAAUCAUACAUCGUGGUGGACUGCAUCUGUCUAUUCUGUUAUGUGGGAACAGUAUUGAUUACCCACUACCUUACGUAACCCUCCUUAUGCAGCUAAUCAGUAAUAUAAUGUUCAUUAUGUUCUAAAGGACAGCUGUCCUGAUCUGUUCCUGUUCAUCAGGAUGCUGGUAUAGUAGGCAACAAAUGCCCAGAUUAAAACUGCAGAACAAGUCCCACUGAGAAAUAAACAUAUGUAAAGACAAGUAAGCAUGUUUACAGACAUCAUUUUCAAAUAAUGUCUUAGGAGAUUGGGAGCUUUUCCCUUCUGGGAAAAUCUCGGCUGUUCCAUCAUUAGAAUGUGGUCAUGGAUUAUUAUGCCCAUCAUAAACACCUACUUGCUGCUCCUUUGGAAAGGUACGUUGUGUUUUUGUCUCUCCCCAACUGUCCUUCAACUAUGAAAUCAGCAACUAUACCAUCUUCAAUAAGUGGCUGCUUUAAUUGGGUUUGAUGAAUCCACGCCUUGCUCUCUUUUAACUUGGCAUCACUGUUAUGAUCAUGAGUAGUCUUUGGACAAAAAUAGUCCAUUCUAGGUUUUAAACAUUGUAACUGCUACUUCUGGUUCCCCACUUUUUUGCGUUUUUUUGUCAUUUCUUUGUGGAUUUGUCUUUCACUUGGGGUCAACUCUGAAAUUUGUUUCCCCAACUGUUGCAGUGAUCAAUACUCUAUCGUUCUAUAGUACUCCAAAGUAUGCAGAAUCAAAACAGAUGUGUUUUGAAGAUAUCGUAUGAUCAUAGCAUGUCCUGAUCUCUUCCAUCCAUCAGAUGACAUGAUUAGCUCACCUAUAAUUCACUCAAGGACUGACAAGCUGAAUUAUUUCUUCACAAUCCUGCAGGCCUGUUAGUGUUUUAAAACAACUGACUAAGUCUCUGUUUUUUUAUUUUUUAUUAUGCACACAGUCUAAAGGCCUUGUUGUAAUCCACCAACACAAUAGGUGCUUUCUGUAAGACAGCUUUCAACUCUUGAAAAGUCUUUACUUUUUCCCUGGUAUCGUGUCAGAUAUUCAUAAAGUCCUUCUCUCCUUCUUUGGCAUCAUAACUUUACAGAUAGCAUCCACCCUUUCUGGAGAUGAUUUUGCAAAGUCAUUAAAAUAAAAUAUAGUCCUUUUUCCUUGACAACUUUUUAUAUCCACUCUUGCAUAGAUAUUGCAGUAGAGAAAAAAACAUUAUUCAAUAUUUUCUUGUUCGAUAGGACCGGUAACCCAUAAAUCAUUCAUAUACUGGACCAGCACAGUGACAAUGGUGUUGAGUACAUAGUUUUAAGUCCUUGCUCCACUGUCCAAUUAAUAUAAAUGUGUAUCUGUGUAUCCCAGGUAAGCUGAACCUUGUGUCUGUUCUGUAUCCUCUCAUUGAAAGGCUAGUAACAAUUUGCCUUUCCUUAGCCAUCAGGAUAAAAAGAAAGUAUAUAAAGUAUAAAGAUGUAAUUAAUUUGAAAAGUAACAUACAUCCCGCUGUUUAAAGGUGUAGUCCAUUUGGAAAGUAACAGACAUCACGCUGUUUAAAUGUGUAGUCCAUUUGGAAAGUAGCAGACAUCCAUUGAAAUCUGUAUAACAUAUCUUCAAACUUUAAGGCUAUCAUCCAAGUCACACAACAGUCACGGGUAAAACAUUUUCUGGCUAAUCAGGUUUUGCCAGUAGCCCUGGUAUCAGGGGACAUAUUGGAAAAAAUAAGAAUGUCCUGCAGUGCCUGCUUGUCACUCACAAUUAGCAUUGGGUUAGCUGGCAAGUAAAUCUGAAGAGAUAUCUUUCGAAGAGUAUUAUUAAACAAUACAACUUCAUGAUUUAUUAUUUAUUCUUAUAAUAGUAAUUCUAACCUUGUCAACAAUUUUAACUGUGAGAGAAAGAGAGGGGGGUCAUCGAUACAUUUUCUCUCUUUCUCCUUCACAACCAUACUGCAAUUAGUAUUUAACUCUUUCAACAACCAUUAAAGAGAAAUAACCUUACAGGACUAACAAAGUUGGUGAAAAUGGCUUGUUUUCAAAUAUUUGUUUUGCAACCAAUUUACAUUUAUUACUCAAAAACAACAUCUUGUGAUUUCCUUGCUCAUAUUUCAGCAUUCAGUUUUCAUGCAUCUAAUCAGUACCUUACAUUAAAUAUUCAACAAGAUAUUGAACAAAGUAGAGUCAGGCCAUUUCUCUUUAAUUCUUAGUUAGUCGGAAUCCCAAAAUGUCACCUGACUUGGGACUACCUUCUGGUGGUCAGCCAGAAGCAAAUAUGACAAACAAACUGCUUUACUUGCAGUCUAAACCAAACAUCUGUAUAUUUUUCCUAACCUAAAAGGUUGCUGCACAAAUCUAACUUGUAUACUACUGGAGAGAAAGACUAAAGGAGUAGUAGUUACAUUGAAUAGGUUUACCAUUAGGGGUAAUACAAACAAAUAUCAACAUACAGGUGAACAAACACUUAACAAAUUCAGGUAGAGAACAUUAAUAAAAUUUAAAAUAGGAUAUCGAAAAUCAGUGUGUAGCUAUGAAAUGCUUUAUAACUGGUAAAAAUUCACAUUCAUUUGUUUUAUGUCAUUUUUAAUCAGUCACUGGAAUGCUCUUGGAACAGCGUAGUCCCUAGCCACACAUCCUACUUACACACUUUAUAUAUAUAUAUAUAUAUAUAUAUAUAUAUAUAUAUAUAUAUAUAUAUAUAUAUAUAUAUAUAUAUAUAUAUAUAUAUAUAUAUAUAUAUAUAUAUAUAUAUAUAUAUAUAUAUAUAUAUAUAUAUAUAUAUUUGUUUUGCUUUUCUAUUUCUUUGUUUAUUUCAAAAUGCGACAGGGCAUGCAGUGUGGUUUUUUUUUCAACUUCUUUUUAUAAUUCAAAACAAUUAUAAAAUAAUACAACUAUGUUACUUAAAAAUGAAACUUAUUUGAAUAGAUUAUACCAUAUACAUGUAACAAAAAUAAGUUAAUUGCUUUAAACAUGUGAGAACAUUAUUCUUAUGGUAGAUAGUGGGACAUAGAUAUUGAGCAUCCCAGACAAGGUAUUAAAUAAUUUAUUAACAAUAAUUGCAAUAACUCAAUAACUUCCGAAUUUUAGCUGAACCAUAUUCAGGCUCAUUCCGAAAUCUCACUGCAAAAUCUAGGCAUUGUUAAAUAAUGUGACCAAUGUUCGGAUUUUGCAGUCCAAAUUACCCCGUAGAGCAGGGCUUUCCAAACUUUUAUGGGCCGAGACCCACUUUUGAAAAUGGUAAUUUUUCGAGACCCACUUGCUUUUAAUGCAUAUUUUAAAAAUGUACACCAUGGCAAUCCGCUUUACAGGCAUAUAAUUGGCACACCAUGGCGAUCAGCUUUCAAUGCAUUCAAUUGGCACACCAUUGCAAUUAGUUUUAGAAGCAUAAAAUUGGCACACCAUGGUGAUCAGUUUUAGAAAUAUACAAUUGGCAUACCAUGGCAAUCAGUUUUAGAGGAAUACAAUUGGCACACCAUAGCAAUCAGCUUUACAGGCAGACAAUUGGAACAUCAUGGCAGCUUUAGAUGCAUAGACUUGGUGCAUCAUGGCAGCUUUAAGUGUAUAACAUUGGCACACCAUGGCAAUCAGUUUUACAGGCAUGCAAUUGGAUCAUGGCAAUCAGCUUUAGAUGCAUAAACUUGGCACACCAUGGCAACUUUAAAUGCAUAAACUUGGCACACCAUGGCAAUCAGCUUUAGAAGCAUACAAUAACUUCCGAAGUAUGCAUCAUGGCAAACAGCCCUAGAUGCAUACAGUUGGCACAUCAUGGCAGCUAUAGAGGCAUACAAUUGGCACACCAUGGCAAUCGGUUUUAGAUGCAUACAAUCAGCUUUAGAGACAUACAACUGGCAAACCAGGGCAAUAAGCUUUAGAUGCAUACAAUUGACACACCAGGGUAAUCCGUUUUAGAUGCAUAAAUCAUGGCAUAACAUGCUAGUUUUAGAGGCAUAAUUCUGGCAUAUCAUGGCAGUUUUAAAGGCAUAACUUUGGCAUAUAAUGGCAGUUUUAGUUUUAGAGGCAUAAUUCUGGCAUAUCAUGGCAGUUUUAGAAGCAUAUUUUUGGGUAUAAUGGCAGUUUUAGAGGCAAAUACUUGGUACUUCAUGGCAAUCAGUUUUAGAGACAUACAACUGCUUACUCACAGACUCAGUCAGAAUCAGAAAUUCUGUUGUCCUGCUCUUUCAUCCAGGCACCUCAUGUUGAUUAUCUCAGUGGGGUGAAUUAAUGUAGAGAGGGCCCUGGUGCAAGUAUGUUUUCUGGGCCCACCUCUAGUGCAAGUGUGGCCAAAAGGUAGAUCCCCAUCUGUCUGAGAACUUCAACAAUGCUAUGCCAGCUGGGGAUCUACCAUUUGUGCAUCGUGGCAGGGUUAUAUUUGUGAGCAGUGUUUGAGCAUUUGAAUGUAAGCAUGUUUUUGUAUUAAACAUAUCUGUGCAUGUAUGGGUGUAUUUGUAUGUACUGUUGCCAUUGGAAUGUAGUGGUGUACUUGUGUGUAAUGUUUGCGUCUGAAUGCAGGGGUGUUUGUAUGUAGUGUUGGACUUUAAAUGCAGGUGUGCUUUUUGUGUGUUGUGUUGGUGUCUGAAUGCAGGUGUGUUUGUAUAUAAUACAGGGGUGUGCUUGUAUGUAAAAUUUGUGUUUGAUUGCAGUGUGUGUGUAGUGGAUGCAGUGUUUAUAUUAUGUAUAUAAAAUAUACAUAUACAUAAUGUGUGUUUGAAUGUACGCAUGGUUUUGUAUGGCGUAUGUGUGUGAAUGUUGGUGUUUGAAUGCAGGUGUGCAUUUGUGUGCAGUGUAUACACUUCCACCCACAUUGAAACACAUACACACACAUACAGAGACACAGACACAAAAAUACAUACACUGACACAGCAAUAAACACACACACACACACAACACCUAGUUUCCCACACACAGAUACACAGACACUCAUGUACACAGAUACACACUGACACAAAACACACAGACACACAUGGACACACGGAUACACAUACACACUGACACUAAAGGACACACGGAUACACAUACACACAGAGACAGGAGGUGAGGGUGACAGUGUGGGGAAGGGGAGGGUGACAGUGUGGGUGGGAGUGUGUGUGCUGGUGACAGUGUGGGGGACAGUUUGAAAAAGGGUUGCAGUGUGGUGGGCAGGGUGAGGAAGGGUUACAAGUGUGUGAGGCAGGGGAAGAAACGGCUACAGUGGGGGGGCAGAGUGAGAAAGGAUUACAGUGUGGGAAGGGGGCAGAGUAAGAAGGGGUUACAGUGUGGGGGGCAGGGGGAGAAAGGGUUACAGUGGGGAGAGCAAAGUGAAAAAAGGUUACAGUGGGGGGCAGGGUUAGAAAGGGUUACAAUGUGGGGGCAGGGUGAGAAAGAGUUACAGUGGGGGUAACAGAGAGAGAAAGGAUUACAGUGUGGGGGCAGGAUGAGAAGGUGCUAUAGUGUGGGGGCAGGGUGAAAAAAGGUUACAGAGUGACGAAGGGGGCAGAGUGAGAAGAGGUUACAGUGUGGGUGGCAGGGUGAGAAAGAAUUACAGUGGGGGGCAAAGUGAGAAAGGGUUAGAAAGGGUUACAAUGUGGGGGCAGGGUGAGAAAGGGUUAUAGUGGGCGGGCAUGGGGAGAAAGGAUUAUAGUGUGGGGAGCAGGGGCAGAGAAAAGGCUACAGUGGGGGGCAGAGGAAAAGGGCUACAGUGAAGGGGGCAGGGGAAGAAGGGUUACAGUGUGGGGAGGCAGGGCAGAGUGAGAAGGGGUUACAUUGUGGGAAGGGAACAGGGUGAGAGGGUGUGUGGAGGGGGGGAGGAGAAGGGGUUAUAGUGUGGGGGGGGGCAGGAGAGAGAAGAGGUUACAGUGUGGGGAGGGGGGCAGAUGAGAAGGGGUUACAGUGUGGAGAAGGGAGCAGGGAGAGAAGGGGUUACAAUGUGGGGAGGGGGGCAGAGUGAGAAGGGGUUAACAUGUAGGGAAGGAGGCAGGGUGAGAAAGGGUUACAGUGUGGAGAAGAGGGCAGGGUGAUGGGGGUUACAGUGUGGGGAAGGAGCAUGGAGAGAAGGAGUUACAGUGUAGGGGAAGAUGCACUGUGUCCUACCUUUAUUUUUAAUAUAACAAAUUCCCUGGUGGUCGAAUGUCUCCCUGGUGGUUUGGUGGGUUACUUCUCCGGUCUGCAGCUCCGCAGAGCUGCAGAGUGUGUGAUGGAGGUCUCGCAGGACUCAGAGUGUUGCCAUGCUAACACUCUGGGAGCAUGCAAGACAUCUAUUACACGGUCUGCUGCUCUGCACCCGGUGGAGCUGCAGACGGCAGGUUGUGGGCUCUCUCUUGGGCAGACUGAUGGAGGGAACCAAAGUGAGCUUAGUACAAUCUGGAUAUAACGUCCAGACUCUACUAAUCAAAUGAGUGGAGCGCUAAAGGUAUAAACUUACCCUAAAAUAGGGUUAAAUCUCAGAUGUAUAUCAGUACAUAUAAAGGAAACACAAAAUAAAACACAAUAUAGUGUAAAUCCACAGGUGGUAAUGUAUUUUGGUGAUAAUUCAAGUAGUCAAACUCACAUUGAUCAGAGCCUCAAAGGGACAGGCUCAAAUCACUUGCACAGUAGUGUCGUAUGUAGACACUGCACCCUUGCAUAGAGAGCAAGCCGUCGGGCCCCCUCCUGUGUCGGGACAGUGGUCAUGGACUGAGGGCCAGACUAAUCAGUCUACCUGACGGUCUCAUAGCCAUAGGUCGCCGGCAGCCCACACUUUGGGAAACCCUGCCGUAGAGCAUAGGAUGGUUUUGCCCCAUUCAGUACAUGGCUAUUCUGACUUUAGUGAAUAACCAUGAGAGUGAAUUCAUUGAUCUUAUACUCACAGUGUUUUAUUUACCCCAAAGGACAAUGUUAUGAAGAUGCUGAAGGAAAUGAGAGGGUGGUAGGAGGAUCAAAUUCUGCACAAAAUGCAUGGCCUUGGCAGGUACGUGUGGCUAACUUCUCUCUGUAUAAGGCAAUAGAAAGUAUUGCAAUGAAAACUCCAAGUGCGACUGUGGAACUCCACGAUAAACUACACAAUUAUUUAAAAACAAAAUGCUAAAUUAUAUACUGUUUAUGAUUUGCUUGAUAUUUAAUACAUAUGUUGAAUCAUUUCCCUUGUCCAGAUUUCCCUCCAGUAUCAGUCUGGAAGCAGCUGGUAUCACACCUGUGGAGGUUCUCUGAUCCGUGCUAACCGUGUCCUGACUGCUGCUCACUGUGUAGACAGGUAAAACCAUCAACAUAUAAUAUUGUGUUAACAGCAUUAAUACAAACAUUAUAAUCUACCUAAAAGAGAUAUCCCAAGCACCAUAACCACCAACGUUAAUUGGAUAUUUAAACCAUUGUGAAUCAACACAUCCCUUUUAUUGCUGUCCCUUUCAAUGGCCAUGAUGAAAAGACUACACUGAUUCAAUGUAUUCCAAAUGGUCCAUACUCUAGUGUUUGAAACUCUUGUAGACUCUUGAAUAUGCAAUUUGUGCUCAUAUCACACACAAACUCGUGGAAAGUGAGGAAUGAGUGUACUUCAUUAUAGACAUCUCAGGCUAAAGGAGUAAGCUUCAGGUGCUGGAGAUUCCUUUUGUUAACCCGAAUUAAAACAGCAUAGCUUCGAGGCUCUAUAACCACUGCCAAAAGCUGCAGUUGUUAUUGGGUACUAUUGAUGUGCUUCCUACAUUUUAUAAUGAGCAUCUGUAUGAGUAAAUAUAAACUAAAUGAUUAAUGAAUUAAUGAUAAAUGAAAAAUAAGUGAUUAUUUUCUUUAAUAGUACAAUAACAAGUCAAUAUUAAUCACUAGUAAAAUAUAUUUAAUGUAUACGGCAACAACACAAUUUGCCAACAUACAAAUGUAUAUUUGCAUACUCAGACAUAUACUAAUAUACAUUUUUUUGCAAAAAAUCUUAGUCCAUUACAAAUACAGAAUUUCCUUUGAUCUUUCACUGCUUUUUCUGUCAUCAAAUAAUUUCUGAUCCUUCCUAGGAAUCUGUGCUUUGCUUCAUCUUGGAUGGAAUGUCCUAUGCCAAAAGCUAGUUAGACAGAUCCAGUCUAAGAUUCCAUGGCAGGAUACAAAAACUAUGGAAAACAAAACAAUACUAUCACCACAUUAACGUGUGAAUAGUGUGAAAUAAGUAUGCAAUAUACUUAUCAGGUAAAUCAAGUGGACAGCCUCCCAAGGAUCACUUCCCAGGUGGUGAUCUUUAGACCAGAAUACAAGCAGAACACAUAUUGGAUACGGCUGUGGAAUCUAAAAAGAACAUAGAUAAAACAUAAUGUAAUACAAUUUUAACAAAUUCGAAGAAUUAUCUCCCAUGUCUCAGCUGUUAAUUAGAUAUCUGCCAAAAAACUAACAAAUCAUGUGCACUGUACAAAAAUGCACUCACAAGAUGUAGACGUAUUAUUGGCUCAAAGGGUGCCUCCCCAGAUAUAAUUGGGGGGCUAUGGAUCCCUCUCCACUGUCUGCAGGAUAGCAGGAAAUCAGGACUCCGCAUGGUAGUAUAAAAUAGCGGCUUUUAUUAUAAAUCAAAUAAAAUUGGUAAAACAGCAGUAGUUGUGGUCUUACGCGUUUCGUCCCACACUUGGAACUUUGUCAGAGACCAUAAAAUCAAAGUAAAUUACAGAUGGUUAUACAAAAAUAACAGCCUAACAAUUCCCACCCCACAGUAUCUUUAAAUAGGGCUAAUCCCUGAGUUCAUUGGUGGUUCAAAGGGUGUUGUUUCUCCUCCGUGGUCUUGCUGGUUCCCUUCUUGCACUGGAUCACUUGUAGAUCUUCGAAUAAUUAUCUCCCAUGUCUCUGUUAAUUAGAUAUCUGCCAAAAAACUGGAACUGGAAGUGUGUUCCAUUAAACACUUGCACGUUCCAUUCGCUGAGUGAUGUGAGCCACAGAUAUCAAGACGGCUGUUCACAGAUGUAGUGUGCGACCUCUAGUGGUUGCCAAAGAUAUUGCAAGAUUUAACAAUGGUAUUAGUAAAACGAAACAGCAAGUAUUUGAUCUGCUAUAGAGAAGGGUUGUAAUACCAUAGAUAAUCGUUAAUCAGAACCCUCAAUAUGAAUUAAAGUGCAAGAAAAUGAACUUAUAUCAUGUGAUUAUUGCAUAGCAUAAAUAAUUAUUUUUCUUUUAUUAAUUAUAUCUUUAGUUUUCUUUUUUGUUUUUUUUUUACAUCAUUCAAUCAAAGAUUAAUUCUUUAAAGUGAAUAUAUUAAAGUGAAUAUGUGCAAUAAUUGAUUAAUGUCAAUUGUUCUUUCUCAUGUUCUAAACAAUAUUUAUUGAAAUAAAUUAACAUAAUCUAAUGUAACCACACAUACCUAUUGUUAUAAUACAUGACUGUAUACCCAGUCGUGAAAUAGCAACUAAUUACAUUUGAUGUCCCUAAUUUAAAGAUGGACAAAAACAAUUUCUAUUCCUAUUUUUCUUUUGCUACAAUAGUUUUAAUCAAAGAAUUAUUUAUUAAGAGUAACACCAGAUAUGUUUAGGUGAAUUGGUACAUUAACCCCUUAAGGACACAUGACGGAAAUAUUCCGUCAUGAUUCCCUUUUAUUCCAGAAGUUGUGUCCUUAACGGGUUAAACCAUAAAUACCUAAUAUUUCAAUUAUCUGCAAAAUAGUGAUACGGAUGUACUGUAUUGUUUUUAUACAGGUUCACUACUAUAAUAUGUAAUUGUGUAGCCUAUCAUAAAUCGGUGAUUGGUAUCCCCCAUAUAGAGAGUAUAUAGAACAUAUGUGUACAAAGGAAGAGAAUACAUUUAGAAAAAAAUACACAAAAGGUGCAUGAACAAAAGUCUCAGACUUAAUCUUAAAAAUAUCUCCCAUUGUAAAGCUGGAGAAUGAAUUUACCCUAUCCAAAGACAUAGUAGAACAAGCUUUACAAGAAUAUUGAAGUAAGAAUGACAUCCUCUAAAGGUACCAGAGAGCCCCAUGGUGUUCCAACACUCUCUGAGGAAGGUCCAAGUGUGGGACGAAACACAUGAGACCACAACUACUGCUGUUUUACCAGUUUUAUUUGAUUUAUAAUAAAAGCCGCUAUUUUAUACUUCCAUCCGGAGUCCUGAUUUCCUGCUAUCCUGCAGACAGCGGAGAGGGAUCCAUAGCCCCCCAAUUACAUCAGGGGAGGCACCCUUUGAGCGCAUAAUAUAUCUACAUCUUGUGAGUGCAUUUUUGUACAGCGCAUAUUAUUUGUUAAAAUUGUAUUACACUAUGUUUUAUCUAUGUUCUUUUUAGAUUCCACAGCCGUAUUCCAUAUGUGUUUUGCUUGUAAAAAAAAAACUAUGGGCUGGAUUUAUUUAGCAGAGUAAGGGUUUAAUCUAUUUCUGAAAAGUAAUUCCUCCAUUGAAGACUAUGGGUAAAUUGUUAUUCAGAAAACAACCCAAUCUGUCUUAGUACUAAAAUAAUUUUUUUUCAGCAAAAAAGUACUAUUGUAACAUAUCUACAUAUUUAUCUAAAGUUUUGUCAUACCUAAUGCUUAUCUUAUUUUAUGAUAUAUACCUUCCACAUACUGUGAGUGACAUAAAAAAACAACUAUAUUAUUUUAUUUCUAAUAAACAGAGUUUAUACCUUCCGUGUGGCUUUGGGAGAACACAACCUGAACGUGAACGAGGGCAGAGAACAAUAUAUCUCCGUUUCUAGAAUUGUAAAACAUGCCAGCUGGAACACUAACAAUGUAGCAGCAGGGUAAGAAAUAGGGAAAACUAAUGUGUGAAAUAAUGAAUUUGCCACUUCAUAAAAAAAAUAAUAAAAUAUUUGUUUACAAUAAUAACAACAUUCACAAAAAAUGACAUUUGUUAAGUGAAAGUGGAACGCAACCACUCCGCUUUCUUAAUAUUAAUAUUCUGAUCUUAGGGCUCCCAGUCCUUUGAAACACUCUGGGACAACUAUCCAUUAAGUACAUAUUCAUCUUAAACAUACAUUUUAACUGAUAAAUAUUUUUUUAUAUUAUAUUUUUGGGACAUACAUAAUGAUGUCCUUUUGCCAUCAUUUUUAUCUACACAAUGUUCUCCUAAACUGCUAUUAACAUACAUUUAAGAACUCUGUCAUUGUAAAUAGCUAAAGUAAUAUAAUGUGUAAUUAUAACCUACAUUUACAUCUAUAAGUCUUUCUUCUAGUUGUUGUCUUUUCUUAACAGGUAUGAUAUUGCCAUCCUUCAUCUAGCAUCGAGCGCCACCCUGAACAGCUAUGUAAAACUGGCAACACUGCCAAGUGAUGGGGCUGUCCUGGCCCACAAUUACGCCUGCACCAUUACUGGAUGGGGAAGAACCACCAGUAAGUAUCUAAUUUGAUUGUUUUUUAAAUAGCAUACCUAAACAUUCUUGCUUUUUCUGCUCAUCAAUAGAUAUAUAAAAUAUCAGUUCCUCCAACUGGUUGUUAGAGACAAUAUUCUGUUUGGUUAAUUCUGAUUGUCGAAUAGUAGAUUAUUACAUAUGUUCCAUUUGACAUCAUAUGCUGCUUAAUAUGAGCAUGUGUUUUCCCCAUAGCCGGUGGAUCCCUCCCCGCAAUCCUCCAGCAGGCCCCUCUGCCUGUGGUCGCUCACUCAACCUGCUCAACAAGUUCCUACUGGGGCAGCACUGUGAAGACCACCAUGGUGUGUGCAGGUGGUAACGGUGCUCAGGCUGGAUGCAAUGUAAGAUAAUGAGUUACAUUUUCAUAAUCUUACAGUCUGUGUUUUGCAAUUUUCCCUUGAAAGGUAUAUGAAUGCAGCUUAUGGUGAAAGGUGACAGUGUGUCAGGGUGGCGGUCCGGAGCCCGGGACCCAGACACUGUCCAGGCGGUGGUGCGAGGAUCGGGACCCAGUAUGCCUGAUGUUCAAAGUAGGAGUCACAGUGUGGAGGUGGAUUAGCAGUGUCUGGUGCAGGGUAACCGCACGCCCCUUGGUGUUAAGCGCCAGCGUUUGUACAGCCACAUACCAGAACCCUGAUUUAGCUUAUGCGGAUACCAGGAAAUAGGAGCUGGGAAUUAAGCAGACCUCCCAGAGCUGAAUAGGGAGGUACGGCAGCAAGAAUGUAUCCAGUACAGAAACAAGGCAAGACUAGGAAAGGCACCAAACAUGGAAACAAGACAGAACUAAUAGAACCCAGAACCAGAGAAGGAUAGGAAGCUAAACCCAGAACAUGUACACAAUACAUAAGGGAAACAAUAACAUAACAUGGGCAGGAAUUGACAGGACUGUACAUGGACUGGGAAUACAAACUAAAACAAGACAAGAUAUGAUAGGCAAAACAAGAGGAAAAAUAACUAAGUACUAUAUAUGAAAACUAUGGGGAUUUAGUUACAUUAUAUGAUCAUACAUUGCAUAAGCCUGCCAACAACGCCAAUGUACCCAAUAUCUGGCAGGUCCUACUCUGCCUAAUGCAAGCUAAACCAACCAAAGAAAACAAACAUAGUACUUACCUGCAAGAAAGGGCAGAAGACUUGAGCAGCUGCCUGCAGGAACACUGAAACAAAAGAACUGAUGGAAAACAAACGGGUGUGGCAAAUAAAACAAACAUCUAAAGGAAACCUGGAGACUGGGAAUUCCCGGGACGGAAUACAGGAUUGAACCCAGAAAAACCAAGCAUAAAGAAAACCAGACAUAGAAUAGAAAACCAAAAAAAACAAGAAAAACUAAACAAAAAUUGUAAAAAGAGAACUAGAUACCAGAAGCCAUUGCCAGAAUGAUCCGCAGCUAGGAACAGGAUGUGACACAAUGUUUGAAAAUUUGAAUGCAUCGUUUUAAUUUGUUUUUGCCCAGCUACCUUUCCAAGGCAAGUGUUUCACAAGUUUGACCUGUGUUACUAAUCAUUCAACAAUUAUGAAGACCACAUCGUAAAAAAACGGUGAAAAACCUGGAGGUUGAGCCUGCAGGCCUCUUGUUCCCUCUCCUCAUUUGCGUGUACUCUUCAUCAAGUUAAGGCUUUCCAUUUUCUCAGAACAUCAGUCACUUAAUUAUGUCCAAGACCAAGAGGGUACUGAUAAGUAGACAGUGCAGUACAUUAUUGCCUGGCAUUGAUUAACGGCUCAGAGAUUUUGGACUGACAAUGAAACUUCUCAUCAGACACGAAGGUACAAUAUUUAAUUUCAAAUAAAAAAAAAAAAACAAUAUUUAAUCUGCUUCAAUAAAGCAUUAAGGAAGGAUUUGAAGUCACAACAACAGAUACACAGUGGAGCAGAGCUCCCUGUACCCUGGCUGUGAUGGAGCAUCUCCAUCCUGGAAAAGGGUUGGGACUAGCUCUAUUUCCUCCCAAGGACUGGAUGACAUGACACACAGUCCUGGGAGAGAUAGUUCUUACAAAGACCCUCUUAAUCCUCCACGAGCUGGAACAAGAUGCUGAGCAGUAAUUAGCCCUUUCCCCUUCCAAUAACUAGACAACACAUAGUUCUGGGAGUGCAAAAGAUUUUAAUGAGCUAAACUCGUCCAUUUAUGCACAGACCCCCACAGUGGGUCUCCAAACAAUACAAUACAAGCCUCUCCCAGGUGUCUCUGUGCCUGUGAGAUAAUUGAGUUAAAUACCAGUAAGUUAAUUAUCUCCCAGAAACAGAGAGCCAAACAUAAAAGUACCCCAAAACAUUAUAAAAACAUGCAAUAACCUCACAUGUCUUACAUCCCCAAAAAGCCCUGAGAUAAGUGCCCAAGUUGUCCAAAUAGUGCCUAGGGAAAGCUGCUAAGAGCGGCUGAGCAGGGUAACUCCCAAACGGGGUGUGCGACCUGGACCGUAGUCGGUGGGCAGGAGACCAGCUUCCACACUCCUCCAGGAGCUCAUGGCAAAUGUUCAUGGGAAGGAGUGUUUGUCGCACACAGGAAUGAAGUUGAGGUAAUAUGUAUAAAAGAAGAGUUGGUAGCUAGACACAGGAUAUGUACGAGAAAGGAAAGAGGUGGAAAAAGUGUUGUUACUAUUUGAGAGAAAGAAUCUGGGUUGAAAUGGAGGGAUCUGAAAGACAAAUAAAGGUGAACGAAUGAUUGUAAUAAAGAAAAAAAAGAGGGAUGGAACAGCGCUAUCCAAACUGAUCACAACGGGCGGGGGAAAGGCUGCACACCUGAAAGGAAGGGUAACCCUCAAAACUCUUCAAAGUACUGGAAAAACAGGAAACAACAAUUACAGGAUGCGCCAAGAACAAAGUAAAUAAAUAAAAUGGAUAAUAGGAAAAAAAAAUACCAGGGAAACAGGCAAAUGAAAGUCUCUAAUUCAUAGGUAUAUUCUUCAGAAAUUCUCAGGACGUCUUGGGUUAAGUUCUCAUCAGCAUAUAUGAAAGAGAAAAAAACACACAGAGGGGACCAAUGGUGCAAUGACUUAAAGGAGUAUGGCUACAGACAACACUGAGAUUAAGAAAUGCCAACUGACAUUUAUGGGAGCUAUAACCAGCUCGAGUUAAAACAGCAUACAGUGGUAUUUAAACUCCCCACGUGUAGUAUAUUCCUCUCACGAGAUUUUCAGUGCAGUUUAUAUGAAAUAAAAACACAAGAGAAGGCCUUUAGUGCUCUCUAUAUAAAAAAAGUACUGGAUAAAAUAAGAGAUGUACUUACAAUUUACAGAGCAGACAAACCGCUCUGUGUAAAGCGCCUGGGUGGUACGAUCCCCACCAUGGAUUCUUAGGAUGGUAUAAAAGCUUCAGAUAUUUAGGAUAUGCCAGGUAAAAAAACAAGGAUAAAUAUAAAAGUAUUUAAAAUAGUCCAAAAAAACACUUAUAUUUAGAUUAAAACACAACGUGUUUCGCCACAAAAGAUGUACACUUGAAGAAGCCUUUUGUGGCGAAACACGUUGUGUUUUAAUCUAAAUAAAAGUAUUUUUUUUGACUAUUUUAAAUACUUUUAUAUUUAUCCUUAUUUUUCUCUUUCAUGUAUGCUGAUGAGAACUUGACCCAAGAAGUCCUGAGAAUUUCUGAAGAAUAUACCUGUGAAUUAGAGACUUUAAUUUGCCUGUUUCCCUGGUAUUUUUUUUUUUCUAUUAUCCAUUUUAUUUAUUUACUUUGUUCUUGGCGCACCGUGUAAUUGCUGUUUCCUGAAUGAAUGGUUGGCUGAUUGGCUGGAUGGUUUGAUAGAUGGAUGGAUGGCUGACUGGCUGACUGGAUGGAUGACCGGAUGGCUGGCUGGCAGAUAGAAGAAGAUAUGAACUAGAAGGGCUUUUUAAGUAUAGUUAUGCUAGUGUUUUAGAUUAUCCAUGUUUUGUAAUUAUGUAUUUGAUAAUAUUGCUAACCAUAGUUUUGUAGACAUAUGGGUCUAUAUAAAACAUUAUAAAUAUAUUCUAACAUUUUUUGUAACUGGGUCAAAAUGUAUGCCAAUAUUGUAAGCAUACCCUUACUUAAAGCUGGUCUAGAAUACACCUAAUUUUUUUCUACUAUAGGGAGAUUCUGGCGGACCCCUCAACUGUGCUGUCAAUGGAGUUUACCAGGUCCAUGGUGUAACUAGUUUUGUGUCUUCUUCUGGAUGCAAUGCCUACCUCAAACCAACAGUGUUCACCAGAGUGUCUGCUUAUAUCUCCUGGAUCAAUGCUGUGAGUUAAAUUUGAACAAGAAUAGAAUUCAUUUUAUAUGUAUGUGCUGUAGAUUGAACAUACAUAGUGAAAAUGGUAAUGUUUGCUUCUUUAUCCAUUUGUCAUUUUAUCAAAUAUAUGGAAAUAUUCGUUAUUCUCCAAUAUGAACAUGUGAAAAUUUAAAAAGUAUUUUAUAUUUCCAUUUUACUUGCACAAACAACAUUUGUACAAAUAUUCACUAUUCACAAUUCAGCCAUUUGGUUUCUAAUAUAGUCCAUGCGUGGGAUAAGCAUAAGGCUAUCCUAGACUUAAGAUAAGGCCAGAGACUAAUUAAAAGUAUUUUGAAAUAAUGGACAGACUAGAUGGGCCGAAUGGUUCUUAUCUGCCAUCACAUUCUAUGUUUCUAUGUUUCUAUAUACUGGUUCAUGGGCAAGAAAAGCAUGGUAAGUCAAAAGGGAACAAAAAAGGCACCAUAUGAGGCAGAAAAGGUUAGAGCAAAGUCCAUUACCGGCAUGUGGCUGUUUAUAAAAGCAAGGGGAAAACAAUGAUGCAGUUUCCUCUUCAAAUCAUAGGUUCCUGCACUGUAGACCUGGGUAACAAUAUAGUUCUUUUGAAACUUUAACAUCCAACACUAGCAAAACAUAUUGUGAGCUGUUGUUAACAUCAAAUGGAAAGUCAUUGUUGGCAGUCAUGCACUUGGGCUUUUUAAUGAAUGUCAAGAACAUAUUAAGAACAUUUGACGUUUUCCUUGGUAACCAACAAUGCAUUAUUUCUCUUUCAGAAUAUCUAA